AUGAGGUGUGUGUGUGUGAUUCUAGACACUAGACAGCCUUUUAUCUUUAGAUUGUGGAUGUCUUAGAUCACCAUGUCCAUCAUUUCCUCUAAACAUCUAAUUUACUAGACACUAGACUUGUUUGGUAGUGUCUCUGUUUAAGAUCCUAAACUGUCUUAAAGUAACUGUCCAUUGAAAAUCUAACUUUUAAAAGUUCAUAUUCUGUUAACUCAUACCCAAAUAAUGUUGUUGACUCAUCCUGUACUCAUAUUUGUGGCCAAAGCAUAAAUUGGAGAAAAAAAACUUCAAAAUCCCCACCUCAAACUUGUAUCUUAAACAGACCUUUCAGAAAUGCUUGCUAUUGCCUCAUAGAUUAUGAUGUCAUCCUUUUGAGGAGGAUGAGCUUGCCAAUCAGCGGUCUACUAGCAUGAAUAUUUUUAAUGACCAGUAUACGCCCACACCAUUCUGUUGUUGGGGUACGCCCACCCCAUUUCAACACAGAAAAGCUGCUUUUUAACAAUUUAAUUAAAAACGUUUGGAAGGGAAACUAUUUCACUCAUUGUAAUUAAUUAUAGGUCAUAUUUCAUAGAAAUCUGGAAACAGUGGACACUUUAAGACAGUAUAGGCCUACUACAUAUCAGGUAAAACACCUGUUAUAAUUGUUCUAAUAAUGCUGUCUGGAGUCAAAUAAGUGUCAGCUUAGCCAAAACCACAUUUUUGCUCGUAGAUAUGGGAAGUAUACAGUCAUAAUUCAUUAAAGGUUGACUGGCGUUUUUGUCGGGGCUAAACUGGCUGCCCAUUUCAAAUUUCAAGUUUUAAUGUCAUGUGCAUAAGUACAGUGAAAUGCCUUUCUUGCAAGCUCUAAACCCAACAAUGCAGUUAUCAAUGCUUACUAAAAACAUAAGGUAGAACAAAAGCACAUGAUAAAAAAUAAAGAAAUAAGAAAUAAGAUUUUGUACAGUUUGUUGUUCAAUUCCCUUUCUGAGGGUGCUUGAUUCUGGCCCUAUUUAUGCUUGUACAGUGACUCCUUGUUCAAUUGAUGAUUUAAUUACAGUCACUGAAAUGAUGCACAAAAUACCAUCAAGGAAUAGAUGCAAAAAAUUCAAUGUUGCUUGACUGAGUUCUCUCAAUUAUUUAUAAUGUUAGAAAAGUGUGACUUUUGAGCUUGUCCCGGUUUUCUCCCUAGCUUUUCAGUUUGGGAAAAAUACUCAAAUGUAACAAAAUAAUACCCACAUGUAUUUAUUAAUGAAAUUGAAAAGUAAUGACUAGCAUCUGAUUUUUAGUUUUAUUAUUAUUUUUUUUAUUUUUUUUGUCAUUUAGCAGACGCUCUUAUCCAGAGCGACUUACAGGAGCAAUUAGGGUUAAGUGCCUUGCUCAAGGGCACAUCGACAGAUUUUUCACCUAGUCGGCUCGGGGAUUAGAACCAGCGACCUUUCGGUUACUGGCACAACGCUCUUACCCACUAAGCUACCUGCCGCCCCAUUAGCUCCCGCUCUGUCAUCAAUACCUCUGGCUCAUAUUCUUUUGGUUCUUGCGUAAUUUCAGAAUUUAUGGCCACUCUUUCUCUUUUUGACAGAAUAAAAAACAGGCAGGUGUUGAGUGUCAAGUCUUUCAGGCCUGUCUCCAUCAAUACUAAUAAUGUUUAAACAACAUUUUAUGUCCCAUCUCAUGCAAGUGUACAUAGCAGACAUGCUAGUGUCAACCAUGCUUUGAGGUAUUAUUUUCAUAUCUCUUCAAUCAUUAUAUUUUGGCAGGUACAUUAUGGCAAAGAUGUGUGAUUGUGGCCAGUAGGCAGAGCAGUUGGCAGAGGUACUUUUUAUAGGAGCUUGUGUGUCUUGUCACCUAGGUCUUUCUGUGAUCACAGGUCUAACCAACUACAAAUUCACAGUAGUCAGGCUCAUCACACCUUGCAAGUGAGUCUUCAAAGUGUUCAUUUUACCUAAUUCAGCCAGCGGCAUUUGUUGUCACGUCCAGACUUGGUGAGGUAACAAAACAGUAGAAAUGGUAGCUGUCUUUUCUUGGCAUCUCUCCAUGGGCUAACCUUAAUUCUCCUCAUCCAGAACAAUCUUGUUCGUCACCUAUUAAAGCCAAGUCUCUACCUGGGCCUGUCACAGGCCUUGUGGCAGUGAAUGGGUCAUAAGGAGGCUGGACAGGUGGACACAGCAUGUCCAGAGACACGUAGCCUAAUGAACACUCAAAAUGUGCAUGUUUGUUCAAUCGACUGUGGUUUCCUCGAACACGUUCUUCCUUGAAAAUGUAUGACAACCAUUAAUUGAUUAGUGUUGGGAAAAUGAAAACAGGAGCUUCUGUAGUUUAUGCUACCAACCCAAACAUAAUAGUGUGUUGAAAGGGGAAACCUAGUCAUUUGCACAACUGAAUGCAUUCAAGCGAAAUGUGUCUUCCGCAUUUAACCCAACCCCUCUGAAUCAGAGAGGUGCAGGGGGCUGCCUUAAUAGAUGUCCAUGUCAUCGGCACCCGGGGAGCAGUUUUUUUUUUUUUGGGGGGGGGUGUUGCUCAAGGGUAGAAUGGCAGAUUUUUUAAAACCUUGCCAGCUUACAGAUUUGAACCAGCAACCUUUCUGUUACUGGUCCACCACUCUUAAAUGCUACGCUACCUGCCGCCUCCCAUUGAGUCCCCACUAAACUGGCUGGUCGGCCUGUAUGUGAUUGGCUGCUGUGACUCACGCCUUCCCCCGUACAGCAGCGCCAUGUUUUUUUGUUUAUUUAUUGCCUUUAGAAAGGCCCAUCUCCAUGGUGAUGUCUUUACACAACAGAUAAGUGGUCUCCCCUCCAAGUGCCCACGUGUGACGGGGACAGUCACGAGACCCCUGCUGCGUGUGGAUCAGGGCUGUGUGGACAGUACACAUGAACCUCUCAAAAUAAUAUUCUCCAGAAAACCUAGGGAUUCUAAUGUGUGAAUCCUGGAUAGACAUUCUGAUUUGGUAGAUUAGUAUUGCAAACAGAGUGUUUAGGAGUACCAACAAGCCUUUUCAAAUGCUAAGUGUGCCAUUGACAUGGACUGGGAUUUAGUCUGUGGCUCCUCUGAAAAAAACAGUAAUGUGUGUCUCUUAGUGCUAUAGAAAAGCAGUGUUCGUGACAGUCUUCAAGAAGUGAAAGCAAACAAUGUCAUGAAAUGGGCCAUGUUGACUUUGGCACAGAUUCAGCUGCGUCAAAAAUCUGAUAUAUAGAUAGGGACAGACGGAUAGCUCGAGGUGUAUGGACUAGGCCUUUAAAUCAUGAAGAUCAUGUGAGAGGGGAAUGACAUGGGAAAGAUGUCAUGUUGAGAGGGAGAAAAGAGAAUUGGUCCGAUAGAACAGACAGAGAUUGUGAGCAGAGUAGUGAAAUAUAGAGAGGUCAGAGACCUGAGAGAUUGCAAGAGAAAUCCUAUGGCCAUCUGUUGCUCUCUGUCUCUGUCUCUCGCUCUGUGGCCUGCUUGCCCGCCCAUAGCCUCCACUUCAUCAGCCCAGUGCAGUGUGUAAAUACAGAACAAUACCAGCCGCAGCAGGAGCCUUUGACCCCACUUCCUGAACGUAUCUUCCUGUCUCCCUGGGCCCGCAGGCAUGCAGGGCCGGAGUCAGUAGUGUCUGUCCCAUCCACCAUAUGUGUUCACAUGAUGUGCCUCCUCUGACCCAAACUUAAAGAUGUCCUCCAGCUAUUUUAAAAAAACUUUUACUGUUGAAAAGCGAUAUCCCAUGUAUAAAUACAGUAAACAACACAGUACUAAAGGGUAAAAAAAUAUGUUUUGAGCAAAAUAGUAUAUUUUUAGAUACAACUGCAAACUUCAAGGAGUAGGGCUUCGAGGAUAUGGUCUGAUGGGAAUCUGUGAUGUCAUUGACCUCCCCCCUUGCUUGAGGAACAAUAGAGGAGCAAUAGAGAACAAAAGAGGAAAGCCCCCCCCCCCCCAAUUGUGCUAUGUCAUGACUUACCUGGACCACCUAUUUAGAUGUGCCUUUUGUUAAGUAAACCAGGUGUUAAAUGAGGUGAAAGGAGACUGGAGUGCCAAUUUAAGGGUUACCAGUACUAAUCCUCCGAGUUAAGUGACAGUUGCAAGGUAGUCAAUAUUCAAAUGCACCUUGUGCUGGGCUGCUGGCAGCUCCCAAACGUAUCUUAAAGUUUGAGUGGAUGUGAUAAAUGAUAUCGUUGGUAUGUAGUAUUGUUACUGGAACUGCUGUUACCUUUGUCUAUCCCAUCAUUUCUUUGCUCUGCUGUGUUUGUAAUCUACUAAAACUAAUAUACCCUGGCUUAAAUUAUUAUAACUUGGCUUGUUUCCUUUUACUGCUUAGUGUUAUUUUGUUGUUCUUAUCAUUGCCAAUAUCAAAUAUGUCACUCUUGUCAGCUUAUUUGGUAAAGAAACAUAUAUGGCUAGACAUCAGGUGAGCACACAGUAGAGAAGAUUAGAAAACAGUAUGUUGAUGGGUUAACUGAGUAACUGCCCAACACUGAUGGCUUCACACAGCCGCUUCCACAAAGAGAUACAGUGCCUUGCAAAAGUAUUCAUCCCCCUUGGCGUUUUCCCUAUUUUGUUGCAUUACAACCUGUAAUUUAAAUGGAUUUUUAUUUGGAUUUCAUAAUAAUAAUAAUAAUAUAAUAAUAUGCCAUUUAGCAGACGCUUUUAUCCAAAGCCACUUACAGUCAUGCGUGCAUACAUUUUUUUUUUUUGUGUAUGGGUGGUCCCGGGGAUCGAACCCACUACCUUGGCGUUACAAGCGCCGUGCUCUACCAGCUGAGCUACAGAGGACCACGUAAUGGACAUACACUAAAUAGUCCAAAUUGGUGAAAUGGAAUUUUAAAAAAAUAACUUGUUUCAAAAAAGUAUUUGCUAUGAAGCCCCUAAAUAAGAUCUGGUGCAACCAAUUACCUUCAGAAGUCACAUAAUUAGUUAAAGUCCACCUGUGUGCAAUCUAACUGUCACAUGAUCUGUCACAUGAUCUCAGUAUAUAUACACCUGUUCUAAAAGGCCCCAGAGUCUGCAACACCACUAAGCAAGGGGCACCACCAAGCAAGCGGCACCAUGAAGACCAAGGAGCUCUCCAAACAGGUCAGGGAUCAAGUUGUGGAGAAGUACAGAUAAGGGUUGGGUUAUAAAAAAAUAUCAGAAACUUUGAACAUUCCACAGAGCACCAUUAAAUCCAUUUUUUUAUUUUUUAUGGAAAGAAUAUGGCACCACAACAAACCUGCCAAGAGAGGGCCAGCCACCAAAACUCACGGACCAGGCAAGGAGGGCAUUAAUCAGAGAGGCAACAAAGAGACCAAAGAUAACCCUGAAGGAGCUGCAAAGCUCCACUGUGGAGAUUGGAGUACAGUUGACAUCAGAAGUUUACAUACAUCUUAGCCAAAUACAUUUAAUCUCAGUUUUUCACAAUUCCUGACAUUUCAUCCUAGUAAAAAUUCCCUGUCUUAGGUCUGUUAGGAUCACCACUUUAUUUUAAGAAUGUGAAAUGUCAGAAUAAUAGUAGAGAGAAUGAUUUAUUUCAGCUUUUAUUUCUUUCAUCACAUUCCCAGUGGGUCAAAAGUUUACAUACACUCAAUUAGUAUUUGGUAGCAUUGCCUUUUAAAUUGUUUAACUUGGGUGAAAGCACCCCCACAGCAUGAUGCUGCCACCCCCGUGCUUCACAGUUGGGAUGGUGUUCUUUGGCUUGCAAGCAUCCCACUUUUUCCUCCAAAUGUAACGAUGGUCAUUAUGGCCAAACAGUUAUAUUUUUGUUUCAUCAGACUAGAGGACAUUUCUCCAAAAAGUACGAUCUUUGUCCCCAUGUGCAGUUGCAAACCGUAGUCUGGCUUUUUUAUGGCGGUUUUGGACCAGUGGCUUCUUCCUUGCUGAGCGGCCUUUCAGGUUAUGUCGAUAUAGGACUCGUUUUACUGUGGAUAUAGAUACUUUUGUACCUGUUUCCUCCAGCAUCUUCACAAGGUCCUUUGCUGUUGUUCUGGGAUUGAUUUGCACUUUUCGCACCAAAGUACGUUCAUCUCUAGGAGACAGAACGCGUCUCCUUCCUGAGCGGUAUGACGGCUGCGUAGUCCCAUGGUGUUCCUACUUGCAUACUAUUGUUUGUACAGAUGAAGGUGGUACCUUCAGGGGUUUGGAAAUUGCUCCCAAGGAUGAACCAGACUUGUGGAGGUCUACAAUCUUGUUUCUUCAUCUGAGUUUGAAGGUAGGCCUUGAAAUACAUCCACAGGUACACCUCCAAUUGACUUAAAUUAUGUCAAUUAGCCUAUCAGAAGCUUCUAAAGCUUCUACCCCCCCCCCCCCCCCCCCCCCUCCCCAACCCCCCAUUAAAAAAAGUGGUUGUCCCACUGGCUAUCAUAAGUUGAAUGCACCAAUUUGUAAGUCGCUCUGGAUAAGAGAGUCUGCUAAAUGACGUAAAUGUAAAUGACAUUUUCUGGAAUUUUCCAAGCUGUUUAAAGGCACAGUCAACUUAGUGUAUGUAAACUUCUGACCCACUGGAAUUGUGAUACAGUGAAUUAUAAGUGAAAUAAUCUGUCUGUAAACAAUUUUUGGAAAAAUUACUUGUGUCAUGCACAAAGUACAUGUCCUAACCGACUUGCCAAAACGAUAGUUUGUUAACAAGAAAUGUGUUGAGUGGUUGAAAAACGAGUUUUAAUGACUCCAACCUAAGUGUAUGUAAACUCCCGACUUCAACUGUAUCUGUCCAUAGGACCACUUUAAGCCGUACACUCCACAGAACUGGGCUUUACGGAAGAGUGGCCAGAAAAAAGCCAUUGCUUAAGGAAAAAAAUAAGCAAACACGUUUGGUGUAAGCCAAAAGGCAUGUGGGAGACUCCCCAAACACAUGGAAGAAGGUACUCUGGUCAGAUGAGACUAAAAUUGAGCUUUUUGGCCAUCAAGGAAAACGCUAUGUCUGGCACAAACCCAACACCUCUCAUCAUCCCGAGAACACCAUCCCCACAGUGAAGCAUGGUGGUGGCAGCAUCAUGCUGUGGGGAUGUUUUUCUUCGGCAGGGACUGGGAAACUGGUCAGAAUUGAAGGAAUGAUGGGAUGGCGCUAAAUACAGGGAAGUUCUUGAGGGAAACCUGUUUCAGUCUUCCAGAGAUUUGAGACUGGGACGGAGGUUCACCUUCCAGCAGGACAAUGACCCUAAGCAUACUUCUAAAGCAACACUUGAGUGGUUUAAGGGGAAACAUUUAAAUGUCUUGGAAUGGCCUAGUCAAAGCCCAGACCUCAAUCCAAUUGAGAAUCUGUGGUAUGACUUCAAGAUUGCUGUACACCAACGGAACCCAUCCAACUUGAAGGAGCUGGAGCAGUUUUGCCUUGAAGAAUGGGCAAAAAUCCCAGUGGCUAGAUGUGCCAAGUUUAUAGAAACAUACCCCAAGACACUUGCAGCUGCAAAAGGUGGCUCUACAAAGUAUUGACUUUGGGGGGGGGGGAAUACUUAUGCACGCUCAAGUUUUCUGUUUCUUUGUCUUAUUUCUUGUUUGUUUCGCAAAAAAAGCAUAUUUUGCAUCUUCAAAUCAAAUGAUGCAAACUCCCCAAAAAAGCAAUUUUAAUUCCACGUUGUAAGGCAACAAAAUAGGAAAAAUGCCAAGGGGGAUGAAUACUUUCACAAGCCACUGUAAGCAUCCGUUUCCAUCAUAAUGGCUGUUCGCAUUAUGGCUCUCUGCUCUGUUUGCCUCUGCUUACAAUGGCGUCAGCUUGAUUGGGACAUCAUGCCAUCGUGCCAACUCACAGGCCAGAGUCACAGCCUGGUGGCCUAGAAGAGCCUCUCUGGAAACAUUGAUGUCACGCUCCCGACCCUCUCUGCUUUUUCACUGCUCCCUUUCAUCUUUCCACAGAGCCAGUGGGAUAAUCUCAAUUGGAUUUCCUUGACUCCUCGCAUCCUCUUCUCCGUGCUCGCCUUUUUUGAAAAAGGUCAAAGGCAAUCGAGGAGAAGAGGCAAGGAGAGGAAACGUGGAAACAAAUGCGCUUGUAUGAAAUUAGACUCCUUCUCUAGCACGUCAUCAGGCAAAUAACGUUUACGGAGGUGGAAUCCCAAAAUACAUGUGUAAAGUGGUAAAAAGAAUGUAGCUAGUUGUGCUAGAAAUGUUAUACACUGAACAAAAAUGUAAAGUGUUAGGCCCAUGUUUCGUGAGCUGAAAUAAAUAAUCCCAGAAAUGUUCCAUACGCACAAAAAGCUUAUUUCUGGUGCUGAGGAGUAUUUAUCUCUGUAACAAAGCCGUUUUGUGGGGAAAAACUCAUUCUGAUUGGCUGGGCCUUGCUCCCCAGUUGGUGGGCCUGGCUGCCAAGUGGGUGGGCCUAUGCCCACCUAUGGCUGCACCCCUGCCUAGUCAUGUGAAAUCCAUAGAUUAUGACCUAAUUUAUUUAUUUAAAUUGACUGAUUUCCUUAUAUGAACUGUAACUCAGUAAAAUCUUUGUUGCAUGUUGCGUUUAUAUUUUUGUUCAGUAUAGAUACAAGGAUAAGUAGCUAAUCAUUUUUUUAAUGUGUGCAUGCUUUUCUCAUCUGAGAAAACAACAGUUGUUUCAAAGGGAGUGUGGCGGAUUUCAAAACUCUUCCGUGGUAGGAUACAUGGGAACAUCCUCUGCUGGAGGAGGCAAUCGAGUAGAGGAGCAAACUCCUCCAUUCGCCUAUUAAUGAAUUGACACUCUCCUACAUAUGGCGACCACUUAUCGGUUUCCGGGUCAUGGAAUGGAGGAGUCGAGGAGUGGACAGACCUUUGCCCAAUUGAGAAUCUCCCAGUGUGAGGGAGAGGACAGGAGUGUGUGUGGAGCAGGGGUUCCCAACCUUUUUCCCCCAGGCCCCCCCCCUUUUCACCUUUUUUUUGAUUAAAUACAUCACCAGCUUGAUUUUGUUUAAUUUGAGCGACCUAGGAAAAUUUUGUUUUGAAGCUAAUUUCCUGCAAUUCAACAUACUCAUCUUUUAGGAAGGCUAUUAAAUAAAUACCGCUACCAAAUAUGUUUUAUUGUUAUUAUAAUUUAUAUGAACCCUCAAUUUAAUUAUACAUAUUCUCUUUUAGAGAAAGUGAUCAGAUCAAUUGGUGAGACUUUUACCAAAGGGUCUCCUCCACCACUAGGAGCGCUAAAACUGUAGACUACUUUUAUUCUACCCACAGAAAUGCAUACAAGGCCCUCCCUCGUCCUCCCUUCGGAAAAUCUGACCAAGACUCCAUUAUCCUGUUUACAAAUAAAAGCUCAAACAGGAAGUACCAGUGACGCGCUCAAACAUGGAAGUGGUCCGAUGAAGCAGGCGUGAGACUACAAGACUGUUUUGCUAGUACAGACUGGGAUAUGUUCCGGGAUUCAUCCGAAACCAUUGAGGAGUUUACCACAGCAGUCACAGGCUUUCAUCAAUAAGUGCAUAGAAAACGUAGCCCCCACAGUGACUAUGUGAACGUAUCCAAACUAAAAACCAUGGAUUACAGGCAAUAUCGGCGCUGGGCUGAAGGCUAUAGCUACCGCUUACAACGAAAGGGACACCGACAUGGACGCAUACAAGAAAACCCACUACGACCUCUGAGACAUCAAACAUGCAAAAGGACAAUAUAGGAGAAAGGUGGAAUCCUAUUACACCGGCUCCGACGCUCGACAUACUGUAUGUGGCAGGGCUUGCAAAUAGUAACAGAUUAAAAAGGGAAACCUAGCUGUGAGAUGCCCAGUGAUGCGGAACUCCCAAAUGAGCUAAAUGCCUUUUUAUUUUUUAUUGUAUUUUUAUUUCACCUUUAUUUAACCAGGUAAGCCAGUUGAGAACAAGUUCUCAUUUACAACUGCGACCUGGCCAAGAUAAAGCAAAGCAGUGCGAUAAAAAACAACACAGAGUUACAGAUGGAAUAAACAAACGUACAGUCAAUAACACAAUAGAAAAUCUAUAAAAAGUGUGUGCAAAUGUAGUAAGUUAUGGAGGUAAGGCAAUAAAUAGGCCAUAGUGCAAAAUAAUUACAAUUUAAUAGUAACACUGGAGUGAUAGAUGUGCAGAAGAUGAUAUGCAAAUAGAGAUACUGGGGUGCAAAUGAGCAAAAUAAAUAACAAUGUAAAUAACAAUAUGUGGAUGAGGUAGUUGGGUGGGCUAAUUACAGAUGGGCUGUGUACAGGUGCAGUGAUCGGUAAGCUGCUCUGACAACUGAUGCUUAAAGUUAGUGAAGGAGAUAAGUGUCUCCAGCUUCAGAGAUUUUUGCAGUUCGUUCCAGUCAUUUGCAGCAGAGAACUGGAAGGAAUGGCGGCCAAAGGAGGUGUUGGCUUUGGGCAUGACCAGUGAGAUAUACCUGCUGGAACGCAUACUACGGGUGGGUGUUGCUAUGGUGACCAGUGAGCUAAGAUAAGGCAGGGAUUUGCCUAGAAGUGAUUUAUAGAUGACCUGGAGCCAGUAGGUUUGGCAACGAAUAUGUAGUGAGGGCCAGCCAACGAGAGCGUACAGGUCACUGGUGGGUAGUAUAUGGGGCUUUGGUGUGAUAGACUACAUCAAAUUUGCUAAGUAGAGUGUUGGAAGCUAUUUUGUAAAUGACAUCGCCGAAGUCAAGGAUCAGUAGGAUAGUCAGUUUUACGAGGGCAUGUUUAGCAGCAUGAGUGAAGGAGGCUUUGUUGCAAAAUAGGAAGCCGAGAUGCUUAUUGUGAGUCUGGAAGGAGAGUUUACGGUCUAACCAGACACCUAGGUAUUUGUAGUUGUCCACAUAUUCUAAGUCAGACCCGCCGAGAGUAUUGAUUCUAGUCGGGCGGGCGGGUGAAAGCAGCGUUCGAUUGAAGAGCAUGCAGUUAGUUUUACUAGCGUUUAAGAGCAGUUGGAGGCCACGGAAGGAGUGUUGUAUGGCAUUGAAGCUCGUUUGGAGGUUUGUUAACAGUGUCCAAUGAAGGGCUAGAUGGAUACAAAAUGGUGUCGUCUGCGUAGAGGUGGAUCUGAGAGUCACCAGCAGCAAGAGCGACAACAUUGAUAUACACAGAGGAUAGAGUCGGCCCGAGAACUGAACCCUAUGGCACCCCCAUAGAGACUGCCAGAGGUCCAGACAACAGGCCCUCCGAUUUGACACAUUGAACUCUAUCUGAGAAGUAGUUGGUGAACCAGGCAAGGCAGUCAUUUGAGAAACCAAGGCUAUUUAGUCUGCCAAUAAGAAUGUGGAGAUUGACAGAGUCAAAAGCCUUGGCCAGGUCGAUGAAGAUGGCUGCACAGUACUGUCUUUUAUCGAUCACGGUUAUUAUAUCGUUUAGGACCUUGAGCGUGGCUGAGGUGCACCCAUGACCAGCUCGGAAACCAGAUUGUAUAGCGGAGAAGGUACGGUGGGAUUCGAAAUGUUCGGUGAUCUGUUUGUUAAAAGGCAGGGCAGGAUGGAUAUAGGUCUGUAACAGUUUGGAUCUAGAGUGUCACCCCCUUUGAAGAGGGGGAUGACCGCGGCAGCUUUCCAAUCUCUGGGGAUCUCAGACGAUACGAAAGAGAGGUUGAACAGGCUAGUAAUAGGGGUUGCGACAAUUUCGGCGGCUAAUUUUAGAAAGAAAGGCUCCAGAUUGUCUAGCCCAGCUGAUUUGUAGGGGUCCAGAUUUUACAGCUCUUUCAGGACAUCAGCUAUCCGAAUUUGGGUGAAGGAGAAGCGGUUGGGGGGGGGGGGGGUGGGCAUGGGCGAGUUGCAGCGCAGAACUGGUGGCCGGGGUAGGGGUGGCCGUAGCAAAAUGCUUAUUGAAAUUCUCGAUUAUCGUAGAUUUAUCGGUGUUUCCUAGCCUCAGUGCAGUGGGUAGCUGGGAGGAGGUGCUCUUAUUCUCCAUGGACUUUACAGUGUCCCAAAACCUUUGGGAGUUAGUGCUACAGGAUGCACAUUUGUGUUUGAAAAAGCUAGCCUUUGCUUUCCUAACUGCUUGUGUAUAUUGGUUCCCAACUUCCCUGAAAAGUUGCGUAUCGUGGGGGCUGUUCGAUGCUAAUGCAGUACGCCACAGGAUGUUUUUGUGCUGGUCAAGGGCAGUCAUGUCUGGGGUGAACCAGGGGCUAUAUCUGUUCUUAGUUCUGAAUUUUUUGAAUGGGGCAUGCUUAUUUAAGAUGGAGAGGAAAGCACUUUUGAAGAACAUCCAGGCAUCCUCUACUGACGGAAUGAGGUCAAUAUCCAUCCAGGAUACCCGGGCCAGGUCAAUUAGAAAGGCCUGCUCGCUGAAGUGUUUUAGGGAGCGUUUGACAGUGAUGAGGGGUGGUCGUUUGACCGCGGACCCAUUGCGGACGCAGGCAAUGAGGCAGUGAUCGCUGAGAUCCUGGUUGAAGACAGCGGAGGUGUAUUUAGAGGGUCAAUUAGUCUGGAUGAUAUCUAUGAGGGUGCCCCUGUUUACGGAUUUAGGGUUGUACCUGGUAGGUUCCUUGAUUAUUUGUGUGAGAUUGAGGGCAUCUAGUUUAGAUUGUAGGACGGCCGGGGUGUUAAGCAUAUCCCAGUUUAGGUCACCAAGCAGUACGAACUCUGUGGAUAGAUGGGGGGCAAUCAAUUCACAUAUGGUGUCCAGGGCACAACUGGGGGCUGAGGGGGGUCUGUAGCAAACAGUGAGAGACUUAUUUCUGGAAAGGUGGAUUUUUAGAAGUAGAAGCUUAAACUGUUUGGGCACAUACCUGGAUAGUAUGAUAGAGCUCUGCAGGCUAUCUCUACAGUAGAUUGCAACUCUGCCCCCUUUGGCAGUUUUAUCUAGACGGAAAAUUUUGUAAUUCAGAAUGAACAUUUCUGCAUUUUUGGUGGCCUUCCUAAGCCAAGAUUUAGACACUGCUAGAACAUCAGGGUUGGCAGAGUGUGCUAACGCAGUGAAUAACUUAAACUUGGGGAGGAGACUUCUGAUGUUAACAUGCAAGAAACCAAGGCUUUUACGGUUACAGAAGUCAACAAAUGAUAGUGCCUGGAGGGUAGGAGUGAUACUGGGGUCUACAGGGCCUGCGUUAACCUCUACAUCACCAGAGGAACAGAGGAGGAAUAUAAUAAGGAUACGGCUAAAGGCUUUAAGAACUGGUCUCCUAGUGCGUUGGGUACAGAGAAGAGGGGCAGAUUUCCGGGCGUUGUAUAAUUGAUUCAGGGCAUUAUGUACAGACAAGGAUAUGGAAGGAUAUGAGUGCAGUGGAGGAACACCUAAGCAUUGGGUAACAAUGAAAGAAAGAGCAUCACUGGAGGUACCGAUUGAGCCGGUCUUCGUGUGUAUGGGGGGUGGGACAAAGGAGCUCUCUGAGGCUGAUUGAGCUUAACUUCGGGCUCUACAGUGAAAUUGUAUAAUAACAACUAACCCAAACAGCAAAUGGCUAGGCAUAUUGACGUGGGAGAGAGGCAUAACGCAAUCACAGGUGUUAUUCGAGAGGGCUAAGACAACAACUGUUAAUGGCGACGAAAGUUUGGGCUGAGGCUAAACAGAUAAACAGGAUGGGGUACCGUGUAAAGGAACAGUCCAGCAGGCAUUAGCUGUGUAGCUGAGUGAUCAUAAGGUCCAGUGAACAGCACUAAGUAUGUACGGGAGCAGAUCGUAGGCUGCUAAAGCACAGGCGAGCAGGAGGCACGGCUGUUGUUUGCGCGUGCUAGCGGGCCGGGGCUAGCAGAUGGAUCUUCGUGGUCGUCGCAACGGGAAGCCUGUUGAAACCACAUCUGACGAUUACGUCGGCAGACCAGUCGUGAUGGAUUGGUGGGGCUCUGUGUCAACACUAGGAGGUCCCGUCCGGUUGACAGAGAGGUAGAUAGCCGGGAGAUGGGCCUGGCUCGAGGCUAGCUCAAGGCUAAGUGGGGCUAGCUUCGGACAGUGGUGAUUAGCCAAAAACAACAGCCACUCGGUUGCAGCUAGCUAGUUGCGAUGAUCCAGCGUUAAGGUCCAGUGAUUCCGGCAGAAAAUCCGAUAUGCUCUGGCUCGAAAGCGCGAUGUGCAGACUGGACGAUAAUUGUCCAGGCUAGAGCUGGCUGGUAGGUAGUGCCGGCCACGGACAAUGGUGAAGACCGCUAACGGUGGCUAAUAGCAAGUAGCUAGUUAGCUGGCUAGCUGGCUAGUUUCAGCCAGAGGUUCUGGAUAAAAAUAAAUAAUAGAAUCCGUUCCACAUUGGGUGAGGCGGGUUGCAGGAAAGUAUAUUUAGUUAAUGGUUAGAAAGUGAGAUUGAGAAAUAUAUAUGAAAAUAUAUACGAAAAAAACAAAAAACAGGCUAUUUACAUGAGGACACUAUAGAAAACAAAAUCCAUGCUCCAUGCUCGCUUUGAGGAAUACAACACUGAGUUUUGCGUGACAGCCCCUGUUGUUCUGGAUGACUGUGAUCUCACUCACGUGGCCAAUUUGAGUAUAACUUUUAAACAGGUUAACACUCGCAAGGUCGCCGGAAAUACCAGGUCACGUUUUCAAAGAAUGUGCAGACCAGCUGGCAAGUGUCGUCACAUAAGUUUUCCAUCUCUCCUUGUCCAAGUCUGUAAUCCCAACAUUUUUCAAGCUGACCCUCUUUUUCCCCUGUUUCCAAGAACUCCAAGGUAACCUGCCUAAAUAACAUCUGUAAUUACAAAGUGCUUUGAAAGGCUGGUCAUGACACACAUCAACACCAUCAUCCCAGACACCCUGGACCCACUCCAAUUUGCAUACUGCCCCAACAGAUCCACAGAUGACGCAAUCUCAAUUGCACUUCACACUGCCCUCUCCCACCUGGAUAAGAGAAAUAACUACAGUGAGAAUGCUGUUCAUAGACUACAGCUCAGCGUUCAAAACUAUAGUCGCCUCCAAGCUCAUCACCAAGCUGGGGACACUGGGAUUGAACACCUCCCUCUGCAACUGGAUCCUGGACUUCCUAACAGGCUGGUCCCAGGUGAUAGGUAGGCAACAACACCUCCGCCACACUAACCCUCAACACGGGGGCCCCUCAGUGGUUUGUGGUUAGUCCCCUCCUGUACUCCCUGGCCACGCAUGACUCCAACACCAUCAUUAUGUUAGCUGACGACACAACGGUGGUAGGCCUGAUCACAGACUGCGAUGAGUGUGGUGGUCAGAGACUUAGCAGUGUGGUGCCAGGACAAAGGAGCUGAUCGUGGACUAUAGGAGAAAGAGGGGAGAGUACGCCCCCAUCCACAUCAACGGGGCUGUAGUGGAGCGGGUCGAGAGCUUCAAGUUCUUUGGCGUCCACAUCACUAAGGACUUAACACAAAACCCACACACUACAUAGACACACAAACCUAACACACACACACACUGUUCUUUAUUUUACUCUCUCCUGAUGCCUAGUCACUUUACCCUGCCUUCAUGUACAUAUCUACCUCAAAUACCUCAUACCCCUGCACAUUGAUCUUGUACUGGUACCCCCUGUAUAUAGCAGUCACACAUUGUAUACGACUACUUCCCAAGUCCAAUUUCUUUGACUCCUGUAAUUUCGGUCAUAGCUCAGCUCCCCCCAGGUUGGGAACCCCUUGUGUAGAGAAUGGAAGAUGGCAGGUGCAUUUUAACUUGUAUUUAGAAAGCAUUCUCUCUCUCUCGUCUCUUAGCCAAUAGCCACUUAAUCUUACCACCAGCAACGUGGCAAACUAAGACAGGUAAAUAAAUAGAGCCACACUCACUUGGGCUGCGUGUGAUUCUAGCUGUGUACAGAGAGCAAGGGGGAAGAGCUGCACAUGCUGAUAUUAAAAUCAUGUAAUGUCAGCUUCUGUCACUCACCACCACCCAAUCCUGUCUAUCUGCUAUCCCGGCCCAGUCGUUUAUUUGGCUGUACAUAAGGCCGGAGCCGCAUUCACAAUUAAUCCCCUCUAAACCAUCUUUCAAUUCCAUAACUGGAAAGGUCUAAAAAAUACACCAGAGUGCACUAGAGGUUGUUUUUCUGCUCUUGUUUUCCACAUUGCAGAUGAAAAGAGAAUGUAUCGUUAUAGGAAGAUGUUUUUUUAUUUAUUUUUUACAUCUGGUAGGCUAACCUUCAUAUCAUAGCCAAUUGUUGAAUGUUACAAUCUGCUUUGUGAUACCUAUGUUUGUGUGGAUUCAUCCACCCUUCAACCAAUGACUACCUUUUCACCGGAAUGAUGGGUAGAGGUUGUGUACAGAUGGGCUCCAUAUUCCAGUCUGUCAGGGUUUUGUCCUGGCAAAGGAUGGAAUCCAUGGAUCCAGUGCCAGAGAGCAUAUAACUUAUCUGGGUGGACUGGGUUGGUAUGGAAGUGGGUUGUGUAUUAAGGGAUUUGACUGUGAAAGAUUACAGCACAUUGGUCAAUAUGAAAGUGUGGUCUGUCACAGACUAAUGGUCAAUUAAAAAAAAACAUCUGAACAGUUCCAUCAAAAACCUGAUAACCAUGUAAGAUGUUUUUCAACUCCUUUUCAUGAUUUUCAAUGGUGUAUUGAAACAUUGUUUCUUUAGUUUAGACACAUUUGUGUUUUUGGCCGUGCCCUUCUCAAUCAGAAUAACUAAUCCAUUUUUAUGAAAGUAUCCCAUCUGUAGGGUUUUGACUUCUUGGAAACAGGAUAAUGAUCACAUUUACAUGCACACUAAUAUCCCGUUAUUAUUCGGGAUACUCCAGUAUAAUUUUUUUGAGUUGAUGCAUAUUAACAUCAUAUCCCAUUUACAAUAACCCGAAAAGGCGUGUAUCCCGGUUAUGAGAAACCCAGAUAAGAUUCCUGGGCUAUGCUGAUCAGACGGGAUACUGUGGCAUGUAAACAUCUUAUCCCCUUUACUGUUGUUUUUCGCGGUCUGCGCUGGCUUAGUUUCGCAUGUCAUGGAUGUUGUGUGAUGAUUUCAUCUGAUUGUCAAACAAAUCACUUCAAAAAGUAGGCUACCUACGCAGUUCCAUCCACCAUAAUUCCAUAAUAUAUUUAGCUGAUACUCCGUACUGGACCGUAUAGCCUACUGGCUACUUUUACCCCGAAUUUAGACAAGUUUCUGCUUAUAAUUUCGGACAUUUGGUAGGCCAUUUGUCAACUAUAGUUAGAUACAGUGCAUUCGGAAAGUAUUCAGACCCCUUGACUUUUUCCACAUUUUAAGUUACAGCCUUAUUCUAAAAUGGAUUAAGUAGUUUUUUCCACUCAUCAAUCUACACACAAUACCCCAUAAUGACAAAGCAAAAACAGGUUUUUAGAAAUGUUUGCUAAUUUAUAUUUUAAAAAAAAUACUUUUAAUAUUUACAUAAGUAUUCAAACCCUUUACUCAGUACUUAGUUGAUGCCUCUUUGGCAGCCUUGAGUCUUCUUGGGUAUGACGCUACAAGCGUGGCACACCUGUAUUUGGGGAAUUUCUCACAUUCUUCUCUGCAGAUCCUCUCAAGCAAAUGUACAUUAUACCCGGGGCAUUGGUAGACACAAUGUAAGUAACCUAAUUUAUGUCCCUCUAAAGGCCAUGAAUGCCUCUGCUGAUCCUACAGCUAUUGUAUGCAGCAAUCGUGCUUAUGAACCAGAUUUAUGCUGUUAGCACUGAGGUGGUGUGCCCUAGUAGGAAGUCCACUGUGUGCAGCUCACCCUGCACUAACAUAAAUAACAUGAGAAUAUCUACUUCUGCUAAGCUUCCCAGUAAAGCAGUGAAAACAAGCAAGCAUCCCAGAAAAGUGCUCAAAAUAGCCAACGUUAACAUACUGUGGGGAGAACAAGUAUUUGAUACACUGCCGAUUUUGCAGGUUUUCCUACUUACAAAGCAUGUAGAGGUCUGUAAUUUUGAUCAUAGGUACACUUCAACUGUGAGAGACGGAAUCUAAAACAAAAAUCCAGAAAAUCACAUUGUAUGAUUUUUAAGUAAUUAAUUAGCAUUUUAUUGCAUGACAUAAGUAUUUGAUACAUCAGAAAAGCAGAACUUAAUAUUUGGUACAGAAACCUUUGUUUGCAAUUACAGAGAUCAUACGUUUCCUGUAGGUCUUGACCAGGUUUGCACACACUGCAGCAGGGAUUUUGGCCCACUCCUCCAUACAGAACUUCUCCAGAUCCUUCAGGUUUCGGGGCUGUCGCUGGGCAAUACGGACUUUCAGCUCCCUCCAAAUAUUUUCUAUUGGGUUCAGGUCUGGAGACUGGCUAGGCCACUCCAGGACCUUGAGAUGCUUCUUACGGAGCCACUCCUUAGUUGCCCUGGCUGUGUUUUUCGGGUCAUUGUCAUGCUGGAAGACCCAGCCACGACCCAUCUUCAAUGCUCUUACUGAGGGAAGGAGGUUGUUGGCCAAGAUCUCGCAAUACAUGGCCCCAUCCAUCCUCCCCGCAAAACGGUGCAGUCGUCCUGUCCCCUUUGCAGAAAAGCGUCCCCAAAGAAUGAUGUUUCCACCUCCAUGCUUCACGGUUGGGAUGGUGUUCUUGGGGUUGUACUCAUCCUUCUUCUUCCUCCAAACACGUGAGUGGAGUUUAGACCAAAAAGCUAUAUUUUUGUCUCAUCAGACCACAUGACAUUCUCCCAUUCCUCCUCUGGAUCAUCCAGAUGGUCAUUGGCAAACUUCAGACGGGCCUGGACAUGCGCUGGCUUGAACAGGGGGACCUUGCGUGCGCUGCAGGAUUUUAAUCCAUGACGGUGUAGUGUGUUACUAAUGGUUUUCUUUGAGACUGUGGUCCCAGCUCUCUUCAUGACAUAGACCAGGUCCUGCCGUGUAGUUCUGGGCUGAUCCCUCACCUUCCUCAUGAUCAUUGAUGCCCCACGAGGUGAGAUCUUGCAUGGAGCCCCAGACCGAGGGUGAUUGACCGUCAUCUUGAACUUCUUCCAUUUUCUAAUAAUUGCGCCAACAGUUGUUGCCUUCUCACCAAGCUGCUUGCCUAUUGUCCUGUAGCCCAUCCCAGCCUUGUGCAGGUCUACAAUUUUAUCCCUGAUGUCCUUACACAGCUCUCUGGUCUUGGCCAUUGUGGAGAGGUUGGAGUCUGUUUGAUUGAGUGUGUGGACAGGUGUCUUUUAUACAGGUAACGAGUUCAAACAGGUGCAGUUAAUACAGGUAAUGAGUGGAGAACAGGAGGGCUUCUUAAAGAAAAACUAACAGGUCUGUGAGAGCUGGAAUUCUUACUGGUUGGUAGGUGAUCAAAUACUUAUGUCAUGCAAUAAAAUGCAAAUUAAUUACUUAAAAAUCAUACAAUGUGAUUUUCUGGAUUUUUGUUUUAGAUUCCGUCUCUCACAGUUGAAGUGUACCUAUGAUAAAAAUUACAGACCUCUACAUGCUUUGUAAGUAGGAAAACCUGCAAAAUCGGCAGUGUAUCAAAUACUUGUUCUCCCCACUGUAUGUAGCUUAAGAAACAAGGUUCAUUAAAUUAAUAACUUGCUAGUAACAGAUGACAUUCAUAUUCUGACUAUCUCUGAAACUCACUUAGAGAAUACCUUUGACGAUACAGUGGUAGCAAUACAAGGUUAUAACAUUUACCGAAAAUACAGAAAUGCCAGUGGUGAAGGUGUUGCUGUUUAUAUUCAGAACCACAUUUCUGUCAAGCUUAGAGGAUCUCAUGUUAAAUACUGUUGAGGUAUUAUGGCUACAGGUUCAUCUGCCUCACCUAAAGCCAAUUCUUGUGGGAUGCUGCUAUAGACCACCAAGUGAUAACAAUCAGUAUCUGGAUAACGUGUGAAAUGCUUGAAAAUGUACACUACCGUUCAAAAGUUUUGGGUCACUUAGAAAUAUCCUUGUUUUUGAAAGAAAAGCAAUUUUUUGAACAUUAAAAUAACAUCUAAUUGAUCAGAAAUACAGUGUAGACAUUGUUAAUGUUGUAAAUGGCUAUUGUAGCUGGAAACUGCAGAUACAUUUUUUUUGAAUAUCUACAUAGGCGUACAGAGGCCCAUUAUCAGCAACCAUCAGUCCUGUGUUCAAAUGGCACGUUGUUUGCUAAUCCAAGUUUAUCAUUUUAAAAGGCUAAUUGAUCAUUAGAAAACCCCUUUGCAAUUAUGUUAGCACAGCUGAAAACUGUUGUGCUGAUUUAAAGAAGCAAUAAAACUGGCCUUCUUGAGACUAGUUGAGUAUCUGGAGCAUCAGGAAUUGUGGGUUUGAAUACAGGCUCAAAAUGGCCAGAUACAAAUAACUUUCUUCUGAAACUCGUCAGUCUAUUCUUGUUCUGAGAAAUGAAGGCUAUUGGCAAUAAACUGAAGAUCUCGUACAACGCUGUGUACUACUCCCUUCACUGAACAGCGUAAACUGGCUCUAACCAGAAUAGAAAGAGGAGUGGGAGGCCCCGGUGCACAACUGAGCAAGAGGACAAAUACAUUAGUGUCUAGUUUGAGAAACGGGCGCCUCACAGGUCCUCAACUGGCAGCUUCAUUAAAUAGUACCCGUAAAACACCAGUCUCAACGUCAACAGUGAAGAGGAGACUCCGGAAUGCUGACCUUCUAGGCAGAGUUGCAAAGAAAAAGCCUUAUCUCAGACUGCCCAUCUUAAUCUUUAAUUUUUAUUGGCCAGUCUGAGAUAAAGCCAGUGUGUCUAUGUAUGUGAAUGACUCAACACUAUACACGUCAGCUACUACAGCGACUGAAAUGACUGCAACACUUAACAAAGAGCUGCAGUUAGUUUCACAAUAGGUGACAAGGAAUAAGUUAGUCCUAAAUAUUUCAAAAACUAAAAUAAUUAUAUUUGGGACAAAUCAUUCACUAAACCCUAAACCUCAACUAAAUCCUGUAAUACAUUAUGUGGAAAUUGAGCAAGUUGAGGUGACUAUACUGCAUGGAGUAACCCUGGAUUGUAAACUGUCAUGGUCAAAACAUAUUGAUACAACUGUAGCUAAGAUGGGGAGAAGUCUGUCCAUAAUAAAGCACUGCUCUACCUUCUUAACAGCACUAUCAACAAGGCAGGUCCUACAGGCUCUAGUUUUGUCGCACCUGGACUACUGUUCAGUCGUGUGGUCAGGUGCCACAAAGAGGGACUUAGGAAAAUUGCAAUUGGCUCAGAACAGGGCAGCACGACUGGCCCUUGGAUGUACAGUGAGGGAAAAAAGUAUUUGAUCCCCUGCUGCUUUUGUACGUUUGCCCACUGACAAUGAAAUGAUCAGUCUAUAAUUUUAAUGGUAGGUUUAUUUGAACAGUGAGAGACAGAAUAACAACAAAAAAAUCCAGAAAAACGCAUUUCAAAAAUGUUAUGAAUUGAUUUGCAUUUUAAUGAGGGAAAUAAGUAUUUGGCCCCCUUUCAAUCAGAAAAGAUUUCUGGCUCCCAGGUGUCUUUUACCCUUGUUGUGGUCAGAUGAGACCAAAAUCGACCUCUUUGGCAUCAACUCAACUCACCGUGUUUGGAGGAGGUGGAAUGCUACCUAUGUCCCCAAGAACACCAUCCCCACCGUCAAACAUGGAGGUGGAAACAUUAUGCUUUGGGGGUGUUUUUCUGCUAAGGGGACUGGACAACUUCACCGCAUCAAAGGGACGAUGGACGGGGCCAUGUACCGUCAAAUCUUGGGUGAGAACCUCCUUCCCUCAGCCAGGGAAUUGAAAAUGGGUCGUGGAUGGGUAUUCCAGCAUGACAAUGACCCAAAACACACGGCCAAGGCAACAAAGGAGUGGCUCAAGAAGAAGCACAUUAAGGUCCUGGAGUGGCCUAGCCAGUCUCCAGACCUUAAUCCCAUAGAAAAUCUGUGGAGGGAGUUGCCAAACGUCAGCCUCGAAACCUUAAUGACUUGGAGAAGAUCUGCAAAGAGGAGUGGGACAAAAUCCCUCCUGAGAUGUGUGCAAACCUGGUGGCCAACUACAAGAAACGUCUGACCUCUGUGAUUGCCAACAAGGGUUUUGCCACCAAGUACUAAGUCAUGUUUUUCAGACGUGUCAAAUACUUAUUUCCCUUAUUAAAAUGCAAAUCAAUUUAUAACAUUUUUGACAUGCGUUUUUCUGGAUUUUUUUGUUGUUAUUCUGUCUCUCACUGUUCAAAUAAACCUACCAUUAAAAUUAUAGACUGAUCAUGUCUUUGUCAGUGGGCAAACGUACAAAAUCAGCAGGGGAUCAAAUACUUUUUUCCCUCACUGUACAUGGAUUUGUGUUGUAGUGGAGUAGGGGCCUGAGGGCACACACUUAGUGUGUUGUGAAAUCUGUUAUGAAUGUAUUGUAAUGUUUUUAAAAUGUUAUAACUGCCUUGCAGCAGCAAAUGGGGAUCCAUAAUAAAUACAAAUACAAACCUUCGCCGCAGUCUGAGGUCCUGAGGUGCAGGUUUUCAUCAAGGAUCUCUCUGUACUUUGCUCCGUUCAUCUUUCCCUCGAUCCUGGCUUUCUCCCAGUCCCUGCCAUUGAAAAACAUCCCCACAGCAAUAUGCUGCCACUACCAUGCUCUAGGAAGAGUCUUGGUGGUUCCAAACUUCUUCCAUUUAUGAAUGAUGGAGGCCACCAUUAUCUUAGCGACCUUCAAUGCUGCAGAAUUUUUUGGUACCCUUCCCCUGAUCUGUGCCUCGACACAAUCCUGUCUCGGAGCUCUACGGACAAUUCCUUCGAAUUCAUGGCUUGGUUUUUGCUCUGACAUGCAUUGUCAACUGUGGGACCUUAUAUGGACAGGUGUGUGCCUUUCCAAAACCUGUCCAAUCAAUUUAAUUUAUCACAGGUGGACUCCAAUCAAGCUGUAGAAACAUCUCAAGGAUGAUCAAUGGAAACAGGAUGCACCUGAGCUCAAUUUCUAGUCUCAUAGAAAAGAGUCUUAAUCUUAUGUAAAUAAGGUAUUUCUGUUUUUGCUAUUGUGUGUAGAUUGCUGAGGAUUCCAUAAUUUUUUUUCAUUUUAGAAUAAGGCUGUAACUUACCGGUAAUAACGUGGAAAAAGUCAAGGGGUCUGAAUACUUUCCGAAUGCACUGUACACGCAGCUUCUCUUCUGUCAUAACUUGUUGCCCUAGAAGACUAAAUAAAGUAGUACUCACCAGAAUAUCUUACAUCUAUAGAAUUAAUUAAUCUAGUUAACGCCAGUAAAGUUGUCUGUUUCGUUUAGGGGCCGAGGAGAAAACACAAUAACUCCAAAACAGUGAAAAGAUUUGUCCUGUACAAAAUGUCCAAAUGUCAUCAAUUUGACCGGCUUUAAGGAAAUACAAAGCUGAGAAAAAAAUGAAACACGUUUCUGUUAAGACUUCAGUUCGUCUUGGGUGCAUAUUUUAUGUGGUUUAAAUGCUGUCUGCUUGCAAACGUGUCAAAGAUGACACAUUACACGCACACUUGUAUCAUUUUACUGCAAGAAAUGCAUAAUUAUGCAGGAGUUAAUAUUAUGCUACAUGUGAGAGGUUAUAGGCCUACAGUCAGUGUCCAUAUUUCAGUUACUAUUCCAUUUAACCCAUAUUAACAUAAAUGAGGAAUAUUCGGUUUAUUCAUGAAUACAGGGAUAUUCGUGAGCGGGAUAUCAAUGUUGCAUCUAAACAGCUUAUCCCGGAUAAGAUCAUAAGCGGGAUAUGAGCUACUAUCUGGAAUACUGUGCACAUGUAAACAUGGACAAUGAUUAACACUGGUGGAUUCUAUCCCCCAAGCCACUUUUUUUGUGAGUAUUUGGUGCUUGUCAAUAAAUGUGAGAGGCUGGUGUUUUCUGCUGCUAGGUUGAGAGAAUAUUGUGAUGCUGAUGCUCACUCAGACACGUCUGGCCACGUCUAACACAUUCCUACUCCAUGCUUCAUCAACAUGUGCGCCAUCUGUCUGUCUGCAUAUCAAUUAAUCUGUCAGACCUCACCUACAAAUGUCAUGUGCCCUUGUUUUUCUGGCGUUGUGGUUGAUAACACGUGGCUGAUUGGUGACCGCGUGACUGCUUUCUGGUCCGUGAUUCACUGAUGUGCAUGCUCCGGUUACACUCUCAGCAUGACGGAUAUCCUGGGUCUGACUGUGGCCUCUUAGGGGGACACCGAAGUGACAUGAGGUGAACACGUGAUCACAUUAAUUGUAAACAAUGUAGGCCUAGCCUACAUCAAUCAGCCUUAUCAGAGUCAGUGUGAUAUCCCUGAAGUAAAUCAUGAGCAGACAUAAUGACUUGCUGUCUGUCUCUGUUUUAUUAAAAACACAGUUUUAUGUCUGUUUCUAACAGUUGUUUUGUCUCUUUCUAUUUCAGUAAAGAAAGCCAAACUCCAAGGAUCUCCGGGUAAGUCCUUGAACUACCUCUUUAUUUAGGAGUUAUGUCCUUGAAUGCUGACCCAAGCUAGGACUGUGUGUUAACCUUAAAAAGCCUUCAUAGCAGCGAGUCACUUGCACAUAUUUCUCUUUGGUAUUGCGUAAUCCCAUGAGGCUUUGUUUCCCUGCUUCCCGCCUAGCUCUAGCCCAUGUGCUGCAGGUGAGCUGCUCAGCAGUAGUUGUGUGUGGGUAAAAUCACUGGGGAAGCCAAGUCAGGAAAAAAGGCCAUAUUACAACCUAUGUGUUGUGAUAAUUGCAUUGUUUGCUCUAUAACCUGUUAGUUCAUAUGCCUUGACACUGUGAUAUAUAGGCCUAAGGCCGAGACAAUAAGAAGACACAGUGGCAGAAUAAAUUCAACCACACCUUUCUUUCAUCACAAAACCGGAGAGCAACCUCUGUCUGGUGAAGUCCACAAAGCAUAUUGCAAGUAACAAACAGUUACAUGACCUACAACAUGGUCAAGCAAGUUAAUGUUUCUGACAUUUUCGGACUACUAAACAACUAUUGAUUUAGAACCAUGGAGAGUUACUGUAAGUCUCAAAGAAAACAGGAGCUGCCUCCACUAUUCCAGCACCAUUUCAACUUCAACAUUUCAACAUCAUCAAAUCACCUAUGCUUAGUCUAAUACAGUGACAAUUAAAAGAUACCAAAAACAAUUUAGUCCAAUCAACGUAAGCUAAAUUUGAUUUGGCUGUCCAUGGUUCUGAUUUCUCUCUCUCUCUGUGUGUGUGUGUGUGUGUGUGUGUGUGUGUGUGUGUGCGCGCAAGUAAAAAAAACAUGUUGAGUCACCCUACUUGUAGAGAAACGCCAAUGCCAUCCUCCUCUCUUUCAUGUUGAUUAAACGAUCCUAUGUCAUGUUGACAAAGGGGCACAAUGUAUGAAUUUAUGGUUGAAUAAGAAUCGCCGUUAAAAUCAUUGGCCAGUAAGGAGAAUUAAAUAAGUCCAAAUUCCUAUCUCCAGCCAUAGCUAAUGUAGGAAAGGGACAAUUUAUUUUCGAAUGAAUCUAAUUAUUUUUCUGGGUGUGGGUGUGGGUGAGAGAGAGAGUUAUUCUACAAUGUAGAAAAUAGUAAAAAAUAAAGAAAAACACUUGAAUGACUAGGUGUGUCCAAACUUUUCACUGGUACUGUUUAUAUACAUUUAUGUGAUAGAAAGCACAUUUGGAAAAGAGACCUAGGUCUCAAUGUCUUCCCUGUCAAAAUAAAGGUUAAAUACAAAAAUAGCUAGCUAGCUAGCCACCGGAGGACAACAACACAAGGAGAUGCAACAAUUCACGUUUUGCACUUGAUGUGAUGUGACUGGUGUGAAGCCAAAUCCAUCUGGCUUCCCUUGACACUUUUUUGGGGUACACCUGAACCAUUAACAUAUGAACUCACUCAGUUUAGCUCAAUGCUGAUUUAAUUUAAUACUUUUUUCAUCGGGAGGCCAAAUGCUCGCUGGCUUCCCUUGCAUUCAAUGCGACGGGCGGCAACAAUGUCAUACUCAGACAGCAUCAGAUAGAUAGAUGGGCUACACAUACAGAGACAGAGGGCCGCUGUUUCGCUUGCUCGGAUGCUUUCUCCGGUGAGAUACAGUGCAUUCAGCCUCUUGCGAAUUGAAAGAACAUUUGGAAACAGAGAGAUUAUUUAAUUUUUUUCUUGGUCAGUUUUUUGGGGGAAGCCUGGCUUCCCUUAGCAUUCAUAGAUAGACGCCACUGCUGGUCAGAUCAGUGCUGGCUAAAUCCAAAUCCCCAUGCCCUCUCUACUGUUUGCCCUCACUCCUAUCUCAUAAGCCCCAUGAUUUGUGUUCCUGGCUAGCAGCAGUAGUGCUAUAAAGUCACUGCUUACCUUAUCAUGGGAUCUCCCAGUGUGUUGUCACUCACACACCUUAGGUUCCCACUUGUCUUAGCGAAUGAUAGGAUCCCAGAUUCCCCAGACUUAAAGGAAAAAUCCACUCAAACUAUCACUUGCAUCAUCAUCAUGAUGCGUAGUGACACUUUGCUUCUUGAAAGUCCAUAAUCUUAACUUGACUGCUGACAUGCAAAACAUUUUGGGACUGUAUCAACAGUGGACAAAUGGAAAAAAAAUACCAAAAUAUAGUUUUCCUUUAACCUCCAACUGAGGCAAGCAGUUGUUUAAUUCACAUUGUCUUGAAAAUGGUUUAAGUGUCUCUAAUUUCUCUGUGACGUGUGUAGCCCUGGUUGAAGGCCAAGGAGAUAAACGAGCAGUAUCCAUCUGGCCCUCCUCCACCUGACAUCAGCCCACAGAGCAAAUAUUUCAGCCACCACACUCAGAACAGCAGAGCUAAAGAAAGCCUGUUUAGUGUUCUACAUUGUUCUGUGUGUUUACAAGGACGGUUUAUUCAGUUCUGUUGUAGCUGAAAUAACCAUGGCUUGAUUUGCAAGCCCUGAUCUGUGAAAGGUGCUUUGUGACCUUUUGCUGAGGUGGCAUAAGUCACUUUUUAGUUGCAGAUAAAACAUGGAUGCAUGUAUGCAAGCAGACACACACACACACACACACACACACAUAUCCACGCACACGCAUAUCCCUUUUAAUGUUUUGGUCUCUGGUCAUGUGUAGUGCUUUUACCACACAUAAAAAAUGACCUUGAAUUGGCCUGAGAUCUUUGCGUGGACUUGCAUCAUGUUGCAUCUGUAUUACCUUGAAACUGGCAAAUGGUCAUUUUUUCCCGCUGGUUCUGGAGCUCAGAGUGGAGACUUUAAAUGAGGCUGUGUGGUUAAUUUUAAAUGUGCAUGCACUGAUGAUUUCCUGGAGGUAUUAACAGGGUUAUAGUCAUCUGACUGAAUGGAAUGUAACUGUUUUGUGGUGGUCACUGUGGGUAGGGGAAAGUGUAGUGGUGAGUUUGACCAUAUUGGACUCUGUGAUACAGACUAUGACUUGCUGGUGUGGGAGCACAGCGUGUGGUCAAUCACGAUUCAUGGAAUCAUCUAGAGAAAUAACCAUGUUUUACCAUUUCAAAGAGCGAGGCACAACCUUGCGCGCACCUCCAGCCCUGGGCGGGACAUACAGAAGACUCCAUUUGGUUCCCACCGCCCUCAAGGCUGAAAGUGGUUAAAACUGGACCUGAUAUUGUGAAUGUAAUUGUAUGAGUUUUAUUGCCAUGUUUGGAUUAUUUUCAUUGCUCAUAAAGAGCUGCACGUUUUGGUAUGACGCACUGUUUUGUAUGUGUUGUAGAAUUCCCUUUUUAGAGAGAACGGUUGGGCUGACUGCUUAUCAGAUGGGUACAUUCCUGGUGUCCUGUCGUAACAUUGACAUUUAGGAAAGUGAUAAUUAGAUGAGAAUCUAGGUGUAAUGUUAAUUCAGGUUGGGGAUGUUGAGCCCUGUUCCUGUUGGAGUAAAAUGACUGAGUAUCCUCUGGUUCAUUGAGAACUUGUUUGAAAGCUCCAUGUGUGUAGAUACACACAUUUAGACUUUUUCUCUAAGUGGUUUUUCUCUAAGUCUUAUUGUGAUAGACAUUUACUCUGUUUUAUUUUGUAUCAUGUAUUCCAUGUACACUGCUAUUCUUUGAGUAUUAAUUCAUUCGGGACUAAUAAACCUAUUAGUUGAUUUGAGUAAAUGCAUUCCUCGCAUACAGAGUAACUCUUUGAUUGACUAAGUCGCUCUGGAUAAGAGCGUCUGCUAAAUGACGUAAAUGUAAAUGUAUAUGUUCAUAAUUGUGUAUUGGUAAAUCCUAAAUUGUAGAAUUAAUUGCAAUUUGCAUAUAUGCUUUUGUGCUUUUGGGUUCCACCUUUACAGCCAUGCUUUUACUUGACUCAAUUAGUUAAUACUAGAACACUAGUUGUUUAGGAUUAGCUCAUUGCCUCUAGGCUCUUAAUAAUUGCAUGACGGUGCAAGAGACACGUACAAUAGCCUUACCCUGGUGAUGCAACGGUUAGUGACCUUGCUAGAGCCGUCAGAGACGCACAGGCCCUAUUGCAUUUAGAUACACAAGACUAUGGAGUCCGAUACAUUUUAGAUUAUUAUUCAAUAAUUUUAACCCAACUACAAAUGGAUGGUGUAAAAUAGAUGCACUGUAUGGUACAGUAAGGUAGGCUACUUCUGAGGCAGCAUUUGCAUAAGCAAAAUGUUUUGACUUUGGAUAGUUUUUCCAAUGCAAAUUCAUCUAACUGGUUGGGCUUGACAUGAAUUGGCCCAGAAUACAAAUAUACACAUACAUUUGAUUGUUAGUGCUACUUGCAAAUACUUACCCACCACUUACAUUGUACACUAUUCAUAAAACACAACUACCCAGGUGUCUCCUGUGACAGAGGAAUAUGUCUUCUAACCAAUACAAUAUUGAUGAGAGGUCCAAAUUGUAAAUGUCAGCCUUCCAACCAUCCGUGUUUUUCGGACUAAUUUAUUGGAAAACUGAUGAUGCGUCAAUAAUAUGAGUUGGAGCGACAGACCGAGGGGCUCGGUGAACUCCUAAAGUAUGGCUCAGUAACCUGGACAGAUCUUCUCUGUCUACUUUCAGAGUGUGGGUACUGAUCAAAGUCCGCAAUAAUUUCAUGCUCAAAGCUGGACAGAUGCUGUUUGAUGGUGGGUCCACCCGACAAGCCAAGCGCGCUCUCUGUGUGCGUGCAUGUGUGUGUGUGUUAUGAAAGCGGGUGGCUGUUUCCUUCUGGUAAGAUGCUAUCAGUCCUUUGUGCAAGGUGGGAGAGCUCUUUCAGAGAGAGACCACAAUCACUAAGUGGCUUUGAUCUAAUCCAGGCCUCCUCCUUCUCCUCUUAUCUUUGAACUUGUAUUCAUGAGAAGCAGCAAGUGUGGUCCAAGAUGAGGCAUGGGGCAUCUAAUUAGUAAGGGGGAGAUGGGGAGUGUCUCUAGAUCAUGGUCGUAAUGUAAUGGCUGUAUUGCUGACUGACUGGCCUCCUGAGACUCUAAUUAGACCUGUUUCUUCUCAACCCAGAGCCCUAGGCCUGGCUGUUUACCCAAUGUCCCCGCUGGGGACCUUUGCUGAGUGUAUAAAACAUUAAGAACACCUUCCUAAUAUUGAGUUGCACACCCUUGUGCCCUCGGGGCAUGGACUCUACAAGGUGUCGAAAGCGUUCCACAGGGAUACUGGCCCAUGUUUACUCCAAUGCUUCCCACAUGUGUGUCAAGUUGGCUGGAUGUCCUUUGGGUGGUGGACCAUUCUUGAUACACAUGUUGAGCGUGAAAAACCAUGCAGCGUUACAGUUCUUGACACACUCAAACCAGUGCGCCUGGCACCUACUACCAUACCCUGUUCAUAGACACUUACAUUUUUUGUCUUUCCCAUUCACCCUCUGAAUGGCACACAUACACAAUUUACAUUUUUACAUUUUUGUCAUUUAGCAGACGCUCUUAUCCAGAGCGACUUACAGUUUGUGAGUGCAUACAUUUUUCAUGCUGGCCCCCCGUGGGAAACGAACCCACAACCCAGGCGUUGCACGCGCCAUGCUCUACCAACUGAGCUACAGGGGACUACAAUCAAUGUCUCAAUUGUCUCAAGGCUUAAAAAUCCUUAAUUAACCCGUCUCCUCCCCUUCAUCUACACAAAUGGAAGUGGAUUUAACAAGUGACAUCAAUAAGGGAUCAUAGCUUUCACCUGAUCAGUCUGUCAUGGAAAGAGCAGGUGUUCCUAAUGUUUUGUACACUCAGUGUAUAUCUUACAGCAGGUUUCAAUAUAGCUAGACCUCUGGGACUAACAACAUACUGCGUUACUCCGUUAGUGUCAAUCAAUGCAUUGUUUCUGUCUCUGUGGAAUGUGGUAUGUCUAUGGUUCACAUUGCUGCCCUACACAGUCUCAUUGUGUACUAGCUAUGUUGACUGAUCUGAAGUUUUGUUGCGCUUGUGUCCAUGGCUAAAUAAAUGUUUCUGUUUGCCACUGUGAAGACCUGUGUAAACAGGUGGAGAGGCAUUGGGAAGUCAAGUGACCAGCUGGUGACCAUGUAUCUUUUCCCAGGUUGUAUACCCACUGCCCUAUAUAAAGGUGUGUGUGUGUGUGUGUGUUCACUUUAGAUUCACAGAAAUCUCAGGUCGCGCAUGGCGCACGUAUAUAGAAAGCAGAACACGCUCUCCACUUUCCUCCAGUAUUAUUUUAGCUAACGGGAAAAGAACAAGCAAAAACUCUUUACAGAAAUGUUGUAGCAGCCUACACCUAAACAUUAGCGAUCUGACAUGCUGCAUCAGUCUGAUCAACUGUAGCCUACCUAUGCGCCCUGUCCCAUCUGGCCAGGGGAAACGAAGUGGUAACGUUAUGUAUUUAUAGCCCAAGCCAAUUUAUUUGUGUUAAGAGAAAAUGUGAGUAUGAUCAAAUUUGGUUUAUAUUCAAACUUCAGUUGGCUAAGCUAACUAGGCCUUUUUUAAUCUGAAAUGAUUGACUGGAAUUAAUCAAAUCAACAAUUAGUGAUGACAUAGACUAGACUGUGUUAAUGCACCUGUAACUUUUUAAUUACAGAUGUAGCCUAUAUUGACCUACAUGAUGCAACCCCCUGUCAACCCUGUUAGUCCUAUUGUCUAAUCGCAGUUGUCUCUGUCUGUAACAUAAUCCCCCUGUUAUUCUAGUUUUAAAAUACACUGAAUAACAUCAACAUUCUUAUUAUUGGGUUACACCCCUCUCGGGUCAUGGACUCUGCAAGGUCGAAAGCGUUCCACAGGGAUGCUGGCCCAUGUUGACUCCAAUGCUGUCAAGUUGGCUAGAUGUCCUUUGGGUGGUGGACCAUUCUUGAUACACACGGGAAACUGUUGAGCGUGAAAAACCCAGAAGUGUUGCAGUUCUUGACACAAACUGGUGCGCCUGGCAGCUACUACCAAAGGCACUUAAAUCGUUUGUCUUGCCCAUUCACCCUCUGAAUGGCACACAUAAACAAUCCAUGUUUCAAGGCUUAAAAAUCCUUCAUUAACCUGUCUCCUCCCCUUCAUCUACACUGAUUUGAAGUGGAUUUAACAAGUGACAUAAAUAAGGGAUCAUAGCAUUCACCUGGUCAUGGAAAGAGCAGGUGUUCAUAAUGUUGUGUACAACUCUGUGUAUAGUUCAUAUGAACAAGUACAUGGUUGCUGCAGUUUGACAGGGUUUUCAUCCUCCCUAUAGGGCCAGGAGUUUAAAACUACCGUAUGUUACCUGAUUUUAGAAAAACACUGUUCACAACAUAGCCCAUAUAAAAUUGAUUUGCAACUAAUUGAUCACUAGCUAUGUCAUACCUACACAGAGAUUGACUUUAAGGUCUGAAAGGCUGUUUCCCGGAAAAUAGUUGUUUACAUGCAGAUGUGCCAUGACUUGUGGGUCUCUUAAUUAAACAACAGGGGGGAGCAGAAAAAUCUGUUUUACUGGCGUGAGAUACUCCUAUUCAUUUCUCCGAAACCUGGGCGUGGAGCAGAGGCUUGCGCUGUUAGAGCUCUGGUUCUGUUUUCAAGAUUUCGACGUGCAACUCGAGCUUGACAGCAGUGAUCCACUAUACGGAUAGCCAUGCUAGCUUCACCCUCAUGUCGGUGCUAACAAGAUAGGUAGUGCUAGGUAUCAACAGCCAAUCCAGUAAGGGCUCGAAACUACAGUUGUGGUCAAAAGUUUUGAGAAUGACACAAGUAUUGGUCUUCACAAAGUUUGCUGCUUCAGUGUUUUUAGAUAUUUUUGUCAGAUGUUACUAUGAUAUACUGAAGUAUAAUUACAAGCAUUCCAUAAGUGUCAAAGGCUUUUAUUGACAAUUACAUUAAGUUUAUGCAAAGAGUCAAUAUUUGCAGUGUUGACCCUUCUUUUUCAAGACCUCUGCAAUCCGUCCUGGCAUGCUGUCAAUUAACUUCUGGGCCACAUCCUAACUGAUGGCAGUCCAUUCUUGCAUAAUCAAUGCUUAGAGUUUGUCAGAAUUUGUGGGUUUUUGUUUGUCCACCUGCCUCUUGAGGAUUGACCACAAGUUCUCAAUGGGAUUAAGGUCUGUCCAUGGAGUUUCCUGGCCAUGGACCCAAAAUGUCGAUGUUUUGUUCCCCGAGCCACUUAGUUAUCACUUCUGCCUUAUGGCAAGGUGCUCCAUCAUGCUGGAAAAGGCAUUGGUCGUCACCAAACUGUUCUUGGAUGGUUGGGAGAAGUUGCUCUCGGAGGAUGUGUUGGUAAAAUUAUUUAUUCAUGGCUGUGUUCUUAGGCAUAAUUGUGAGUGAGCCCACUCCCUUGGCUGAGAAGCAACCCCACACAUGAAUGGUAUCAUGUUGGCAUGACACAGGACUGAUGUUAGCGCUCACCUUGUCUUCUCCGGACAAGGUGUUUUCCGGAUGCCCCAAACAAUUGGAAAGGGGAUUCAUCAGAGAAAAUGACUUUACCCCAGUCCUCAGCAGUCCAAUCCCUGUACCUUUUGCAGAAUAUCAGUCUGUCCCUGAUGUUUUUCCUGGAGAGAAGUGGCUUCCUCGCUGCCCUUAUUGACACCAGGCCAUCCUCCAAAAGUCUUUGCCUCACUGUGCGUGCAGAUGCACUCACACCUGCCUGCUGCCAUUCCUGAGCAAGCUCUGCACUGGUGGUGCCCCGAUUCCGCAGCUGAAUCAACUUUAGGAGACGGUCCUGGCACUUGCUGGACUUUCUUGGGUGCCCUGAAGCCUUCACAACAAUUGAACCUCUCCUUGAAGUUCUUGAUGAUCCGAUAAAUGGUUGAUUUAUGUGCAAUCUUACUAACAGCAAUAUCCUUGCCUUUGAAGCCCUUUUUGUGCAAAGCAAUGAUGACGGCACGUGUUUCCUUGCAGGUAACCAUGGUUAACAGAGGAAGAACAAUGAUUUCAAGCACCACCCUCCUUUUAAAGCUUCCAGUCUGUUAUUCUAACUCAAUCAGCAUGACAGAGUGAUCUCCAGCCUUGUCCUCGUCAACACUCUCACCUGUGUUUUAACGAGAGAAUCACUGAUAUGAUGUCAGCUGAUCCUUUUGUGGCAGGGCUGAAAUUUCAUGGCAAAGAGGGACUUUGCAAUUAAUUGCAAUUCAUCUGAUCACUCUUCAUAACAUUCUGGAGUAUAUGCAAAUUGCCAUCAUAAAAACUGAGGCAGCAGACUUUAUGAAAAUUAAUAUUUGUGUCAUUCUCAAAACUUUUGACCACGACUGUAGAGUGAGCUUUGAUUGGUCAAUAGCAACGCGACGUCACGGAGUAUGUGACAAAAGUUCAGCUUUCUUCAACUUUGGUCCCGCCCUGUUUGUUUCCUCGUCCAAGAUCACAUCAACCAACGGUCCCCCGCCCACUUCGCAUCCCUUCAUUGAAAAUUAAUGGAGCUCUGUUGUUUCAUCACCCCCAACGUGCUAGAUGGAUUUCUGCCAUGAGAACAAUAGGGUAAAGUGGCUUGCGCUCUGCUCGCCCUGACCAAAAUGUACGCUUCCAGUGUAGCAGGAAAACAAUGACAGAUUUUGCGACAUCCCAGUGUAGCGUUGUUAGGCUACUGGAAAUCUUUGCACUUAGGUCGUUUUUUUUUUGUUUCCUAAUGGGACAACCACAGAGCAGGCUCAAUUUGCCCGGCUGCCAUAAAUAGUCAGUCUUUCACUUAAACAGUGGGGAUGAACCAGAAAGAUGAGUUUAAGUUAGGCCUACUGGAAUUUGUUGUUUUUAGUAAUAAAUAAUUCACCUGGGGCAACUUGAGAGCAGGCUAAAUUUGCCCGACUGCUCAGUUCACUUACCCCAGGCAAUAGGCCAACCCUUAAGGCCCCUGCUACAACUAGGUUCCAGAGUUUUUUUUUUUUUUUUUACCUGGUUACGAUCAGGAUAAAAAAAUUGUACCCACCACUCUGUAACCUGUGGUGCCACCUCUUCCACUACAAUACAUAUGAAAUGGUUUGCCACUACCUGCUUCACAGUGCUGACUUUUGAAAUAUGUUUAGAAAUCAAACCAUGGUCUUUUAACCUUGGUCUUUAAAUUGAUGGUAUGAGAGAUGACAGAGACCUUUUCUGCUGUAGAAGCAGGUCUCGCCUGUCUCUGCAUCAUGUAGGCCUACUGUACUAGCCUAUGUCUCAGUGUCAGAGGUGAAAUGGUGGUCAUGUCCAGAGCUAUGUUAGGGUGGCUGCUCUGCAGUGCGGGAAUCACAUCAGCCAGGAGAGAGGAUGGAUGGCUAGGCUAUAUCUGCUGCCUGCCUGGCUGUGUGGCACUCAUCUGUAGUGAGAUUACCAGGGUCAGUGCGUUGGGCUGGGUGCAGGGCGUGGGGGGAAGUGAUGGGGAAACGGACUUAUUUGCUUUGACUCUCACCAAUGUCGCUGACCGUCCUUUACAGUCACACAAAGCCAAAGUGAAGCUGCUGGCCAAGCUAGCAUUACUGCUGCUAUACAGGCCCUAAGUCCGAUCUCUGGUCAAUCAUGUUACUAUCCAUGUUUCAUCCCAUCAUUGCCACGUCUGCCACCACGGUUGUCUUUCUUACCUGCACACAGAAGCUCUCCUUCUGGCAAAUAAUUUGAUGUCAUGCAGAUUACUGCUGAUGUCCUAUAAAGACAAAGUCAUAUGGAUACUUUGUCUCCUACGUGUACACAGUAAUCUACUCUUUCUCUUUUGUCCUUUCAACAUGACAAUCUGCCCUUAUUGUGUGGUGAGCAUAAGUACUGUUAGUACGAGUAUUAUAUAUCAGUACCUCUUCCCACCAUUACCUCUUUUCUCUUCUUUCUGUGUUGCAGAUAAGUUCAAUAGCUAUGUGACGCUGAAGGUGCAGAAUGUCAAGAGCACCUCCAUUACCGUGCGAGGGGACCAGCCAUGCUGGGAGCAGGACUUCAUGUUGUAAGUGACCAGUAACCACACACUUCUUAGACCUCUCUAUUACUGUCCUAUGCACUCAGUCUUUGUUUAUUUGGAUCCCCAUUAGCUUUUGCAGCAGCAGCAGCUUCUCUUCCUGAGGUCCACAAAACACGACAAGUAACGGAACACUGAUACGCUGAUAGACAGGACAGUCACACACAUUUUAUAUACAAUGAUAUACAAACAAUACAACUACAAAAGAAUACAAACAAAACAACUCAAAAAUAAUGCGCGUUUGUGUGUGUCCCCGCCGCUCCAUGAGAUGUUUAAUAAAUAAAUAAAAUUACAAGUAAUUUUGCUGUUUGCUUGAGUAAUUGGAGAUGGAAGGGAGUUCCAUGCGAUCAUGGCUCUGUAAAAUACUGUGCUUUUUCGUGAAUUUGUUUUGGACUUGGGGACUGUGAAGAGACCCUGGUGGCAUGUGCUGUGGGAUAUGUAUGGGUGUCUGAGCGGAAUGUUAUUUGAUUAUGCAGACAAUCUGGAAUUUUCAUCACAGUAAUAUUUCUCAUAAAAACUAGGAGAGAUGCAGGUAGUCUUUUGUCAACCCUCAACCAGGAAAGACUGGCAGACAUGUUGUUGAUGUUAGUUCUGUAUGUGCAGUUAAGGGCAAGGUAUGCUGCUCUGUUUUGAGCCAGCUGCAGCUUUGCUAGGUCUUUCUUUGCUGCACUUUACCAUGUUACUGGACAGUAAUCAAGGUGGGACAAGAAGACCAGAGCCUGAACAACUAGUACAGUUUAUUUUUGUGUCAAAAACGUAGAACAUAUUUUUAUAACAGACAUACCCCUUCCCAUCUUCUCAUCAACUUUGUCAAUAUAUCUUGACCAUGAUAAUUGACCAUCAAAUGUUAGUGCCUGCAGAAAGUAUCCAUACCCCUUGACUUCUUCCACAUUUUGUUGUGUUACAGCCUGAAUUCAAAAUGGAUUAAAUAUAUUUUUGUCUCACCCAUCUACACACAAUACCCCAUAAUGAGGAAGUGAAAACAUGUUUUGUGGAACUUUUGCAAAUAUAUUCAAAAUGAAAUACAGAAAUAUCUAGUUUAUGUAAGUAAUCACACCCCUGAGUCAAUACAUCUUAGAAACACCUUUCUGGGUAAGUCUCUAAGAGCUUUGCACACCUGGAUUGCACAAUAUUUGCACAUUUAUUCAAAAAAAAAAAAUUCAAGCUCUGUCGAAGUGGUUGUUAAUCAUUGCUAGACAACUAUAGAUUUUGAAGCAGAUUUAAGUCAAAACCGUAACUAGGCCACUCAGGAACGUUCAAUGACGUCUUGGUAAGCAACUUCAGUGUGUAUUUGACCUUGUGUUUUAGGUUAUUGUCCUGCUGAAAGGUGAAUUUGUCUCCCAGUGUCUGUUGGAAAGCUGACUGAACCAGGUUUUCCUCUAGGAUUUUGCCUGUGCUUAGCUCUAUUACGUUAAUUUUUUAUCCAAAACACUAUAUCCAUCAUCUGACACAGCCACCAACAUGCUUGAAAAUAUGAAGAGUGGUACUCAGUGAUGUGUUGUUGGAUUUGCCCAAAAAAUUACGCUUUGUGUUCAUUUCUUUGCCAAAUUAUUUUCACUUGUACUGUAGUGCCUUAUUGCAAACAGGCUGCAUGUUUUGGAAUAUUUUUAUUCUGUACAGGUUUCCUUUUCACUCUGUCAUUUAGGUUAAUAUUGUGGAAUAACUACAAUGUUGUUGAUCCAUCCUCAGUUUUCUCCUAUCACAUCCAUUAAACUCUGUAACUGUUAUAAAGUCACCAUUGGCCUCAUGGUGAAAUCCCUGAGCGGUUUCCUUCAUCUCCAGCAACUGAGUUAGGAAGGACGCCUGUAUCUUUGUAGUGACUGGGUAUAUUGAUACACCAGUGUAAUUAAUAACUUCACCAUGCUCAAAGAGUUAUUGAGUGUCUGAUUUUGUAUUUGUACCGAUCUACCAAUAGGUGCCCUUCUUUGCGAGUCAUUGGAAAACCUCCCUGGUCUUUGUGGUUGAAUCUGUUUGAAAUUCACUGCUCGACUGAGGGAUCUUACAAUUAUCUGAAUGUGUGGGGAAAAGAGAUGAGGUAGUCAUAAAAAAAUACUAUUACACAGAGUGAGUCCAUGCAACGUAUUAUGUGACUUGUUAAGCAAAUGUUUCUUCCUGAACUUAUUUAUGCUUACCAUAACAUUUACAUUUAAGUCAUUUAGGGGUUGAAUACUUAUUUACUCAAGACAUUUCAGCUUUUCAUGUUUAAUUUAUGUGUAAACAUUAAAAAAUAUAUAUUAUUCCACUUUGACAAUAUGGGGUAUUGUGUGUAGGCCAGUGACACAAAAUCUAAAUUUAAUCAAUUUUAAAUUCAGGCUGUAACACAACAAAUUGUGUAAAAGUCAAGGGGUGUGAAUACUUUCUGAAUGCACUGUAUACGUAGGAGUUUAGCUUCCUCAACUUGCUCAAUGGUCAAACCCUUUAUGCAAAACUCCAGUUGAGUUUUAGGUCUUAGAGAAUGUUUUCAACCAAAUACAAUGGUUUUAGUUUUAGAUGUAUUUAAGACCAGUUUAUUAUUAAUCACCCAUGCUGAUAUUGACUGUAACUCCUUAUUUAGAAUUUCAGUGAGCUCACUGGCUUGGUGUGCUGACAUGUAGAGUGUGGAAUCAUCCGCAUACAUAUUCAUUCUAGCUUUGUGUAAGACCAGUGGCAAAUAAUUUGUAAAAAUAGAGCGUAACGGCCCAAGGAUCUACCCUGAGGGACACCACACUGUACAUAUCUGAUGUUAGAGAAGCUUCCAUUGAAGAACUAUCUGGGUUCUAUUGGAUAAAUAACUAUCCAACCAUGUGAGUUUCUUCAAUAGCAAUUUAUGAUCAAUAAAAUCAAACAUCAAUAACAUACUUUUGUAUAUAUAGUGUAUGUGGACACCCCUUCAAAUUUGUGGCUUCAGCUAUUUCAGCUACACCCGUUGCUGACGGGUAUAUAAAAUCCAGCACACAGCCAUACAUUCGCCAUAGACCGACAUUGGCAGUAAGAUGGCUUUACUGAAGAUCUGUGACUUUCAACGUGACACUGUCAUAGGAUGCCACCUUUCCAACAAGUCAGUUUGUAAAAUUUCUGCACUGCUAGAGCUGCCCAGCGAACACCUUUGGGAUGAAUUGGAACGCCGACUGCGAGCCAGGCCUAAUCGCCCAACAUCAGAUCCCGAUCUCUCUAAUGCUCUUGUGGCUGAAUGGAAGCAAGUCCCCGCAGCAAUGUUCCAACAUCUAGUGGAAAGCCUUCCCAGAAGAUUGGACCAACUCCAUAUUAUUGGCCAUGAUUUUGAAAUGAGAUGUUCGACGAGCAGGUGUCCACAUACUUUUGGUAAUGUAGUGUAUGUUGUAUAAGCCACAACACACCUGCUGUGUGUGGAGUAUAGAAUACCGGUAGUCUGUCUGAAGGCUUUGUAAGUGUCAAGUGUCACGGUUUUCAUACAGUGUCAACAUAGAAUCAGGUUGGUUUUGUUUCUAUGAGGAUCAGAGAGGGACGAUGAAGGGAGGGUCGAUGGCUCUGAGCUCAACAGACUUAUUGUGACAGUACAGUAUAUCCUCCAUGCUCAGUCACUAACACCUUUAUUUGAUUAAGGCUGAUUGGCUUUUGGAAUUAUGCAGCAGACACAACCACCUGAGUACUCUUCCACACAGACGGGUGAGAGCAGGGCAGCUAGUGUGCCACUGGUGCAAAUGCUCUGUAGCUACAUUUCAGGUUUAUGAUUUUCAGUUUAAUACGUGACAGCAGGCCACAGUAGGGGAUUUCCAGGAAUGUUUUGUCCCCGUUAUUGCCUGCCAGGUGGGUUGUUGUUUCAGGAAAGGUAGCUAACCUGUUUUCACAGCUAUUCACUUCCUCAUGGUUACUCAUUUCAUUUCCUCUUUUCAGUGUUCCGUAUGUAGGCUGUGCUGUUUUUAGCUCUAGGCUUACUCCUGUGUGUGCGCAUCUGUGUAACGCCUGUAUGCUAUUGUUAUAUUUUUCCACAUCUGUCACAAGGAUGUUGCUGAGUGUAAAUGCUCGGUCUGUAGUACUGUUCAUGAAACACAAUGUGUUAGCUUAGCACAUCACUCUGCAUUGUUGCCAUCAAACACACACAGGCCCCUUGACAAGAGCACCACCUGUUACUCCUCCUAUGUAAAUCAUGUUUAUCACAUUUCUAACUGGAAGUCCUAUACCAAUGAACAGGACACUGUAUGAAGCGCUAGGACAUGGCAUUGGCAUGGCAUACAUUCUAUCUAUUGUAGGAAAAGUCUCAAGUUUACUGUUAACUUGAAACUGGCUACUGGAUUUCUUUCUUCUCCAAUGACGUGUUUCCUUGCCAGAAAGCUGUAGCCUGUUGGUUCUGUGGGUCAACCUUUAUGUAACAGAUUCUGUAAUUGAUAUUGAUCACAUACUGUAUAAUUGACUCACAGAGUACUUAAGUGGAUGGAUGCACCUUUCUCCUCUUAAUGAGAUAGCAGAUUGCCAAAUGGUCUUUUGGUUUGUCAGGCCAGGCUUCUGUUUCUAUACUAGCCUGAGGGCCUUGGAGACUAGAGUCCAGUCCAGACUACAAUUUCCUUGUGAGAUAAUGGCCAUCCCCACCAAGAGACAGGCUCAGGCCACCAGGGUUGACAGAAAACAGAAAACAUGUAGUGACAGCUAUGGAUCGAUAUGUACACCGUACACCCCAACUCACCUUAUUUCUAGGGCUGUUUCCAUAGCUCCUGUGCUAUGCUGCUCAGUCAUUAUAGACAGGAUCUUGUUCUUUAGGGGUACAAAUACAACGCUGAGAGUGUUUUGUGUCCACUGUAUGCUAGAGCUUAGCCUAUGUAAUGUUUAAGAGCCUACAUGGGAUUGUCUCAUUGUACUGGUGGCUUAUGUUUACACUGACUGUGAUGGUGUUGUCUUUGAUUGUGUUGUUUCUCACUGUUUCCGCGACAGGGUGCUCCAGGAAGGGACAUAGAGGAGAGCCUUAAUGUUUCUGUGCUUGAAUGAAGCCUCAAAACAAACCCAUCUGUCUCCUUGGCAACCAAUCAGUUAGUCAAUACUCCAUCCUACCCCUGCUUUUGGAGUGUCUUUUAGAAAGUAAUGGGAAAAAUAAUAAAUGCAGUAGAAUACAUGGUGUGUUCUGUGUAGUGCUUAUUUUCAAGUGUUCUUUUCCAAAGCCUGUUGGGGUCCCUGUGCUGUGGGAGCCUGUUCAUUCCCGUCUCACUCCACAAACAAUGGGAAGCUCAAAUGAAACAUUAAUGGAUUUCUGAAUGCUGCUUUCACAGAAGAGUGAGUCCAGGGGUUCUUUAAUUUGUGUUUCUAUGAUGCAGAAAGAUAGAGCUCAAAGUGAAGUCAGUGUGUGGUUGAUCAAAAAGAGUCUUGGUUUAAUAUUUUGAAAUAAAUGUUCAAAAUGGUCUGCUCAUUCUUUAUAUUUGUUUUAUAGAAGUAUAUUGGUAUGACCAAUACCCUAUAUGACCGUAAGCAGUUUAUGCAAGUACAUGUUUGCAUUCACUGUGGCCACGUAAGAGCCUAAGAGAUGUGAAGGUGAUUGGUCUACUCAUUACAGCAAUAGUGUUGUCAUCAUUUGGUACAUCACCUUUAGUGUGAGUGGUUUAGAAUAUCUUUGUUUGCACCUGGGCUCACUCUUCCUGCCACCUUUACUGAGGGCAGUGCACUUUUGAUAACUAUCUCUUCUCUCAUCUUCCUUUUGAAGUGCCGCAAAUGCAAAUGAGAUGAAAUCAUGAGCAAUGAUCGCUUUCAAGUGAGAUGCUCUUUUGUCUGCAAGCUGUAUUUGCAUCCUUUUGAAUGGUACAUGAAGGAUGGAAGGAAUGACGACAUCUGACAUGAUGCAUAGGCCUAAUCAAAGACCAAAAGGGAUCAGUGAGCAGCCAGACAGUGCUUAUCCCUAGUUUCUGUUGUCAUAAUUAUUUGUAUUUCAUGGAGGUCACUCAAUACAUAGUGAAUGAAACCAUUGUACAUUUUAUUAGACAAUCACUGUCUUUCUACUGAUCUCUGUCUCUCUAUUAAACUGUGAGUCUGUAUUGAAUGAGAGUUGAUUAUGACCCCCUCUCCUUUAUUGCCUCUCUCUCCUGUUUCUCCAGUGAGAUCAACCGUUUGGACCUGGGCCUCAUUGUGGAGGUGUGGAACAAAGGCCUUAUCUGGGACACAAUGCUGGGGACUGCCUGGAUCCCCCUCAAGUGCAUCUGCCAGUCAGAGGAGGUGAGAGGGGCAGAUGAUACACUCAUACAAAGUUAUACACCACCAACACAACUGGCCAAAACAUUUAGAGCACACACAUCCAGCUCCAAUGUUAAAAACCAACAUUUACAACACACAGUUCAAAUUUUAUGUAAAACAUGAACAGAGUAGGUUGGGCACUGGUUCACCUUCCAGUUAGUUUCAUCUGGUCUCUCUGUCUAUGUCUUCUGACCUGGCCCUUUGUCUUCCCUCAGGAAGGCUCAGGGGAGUGGAUCUUCCUGAAUGCUGAGGUUCUGAUGAAGGCUGAUGAGAUCUACGGUACCAAGAACCCAACACCCCACCAAGUUCUGCUGGACACGCGCUUUGAGCUGCCCUUCGGUAAAAUGUUAUAUUGAUCACCAUCUUUCUGUUGGGCACUUAGCUUCCCAUAGGAUAUCUAUUUUAUAUCAUAUGUUAUCUCUUUAAAUGUCUUUGUUGCUUCUGUACUGUACACCAGGGUCCAUGGUCCAUCAAACUGUCUACAGUUACAGUAGCUACAGUUGGUAUGAUGUAUGAUGCUGAAAUGUUAUAGGUCUGUUUUUGUAGAUGGGACAUGUAUAGGGCACAGUACAGUAAUGAUUAUACAGUAGUAUCCUUCUCCAGUGACCUGUGCUUUAACGUACGUCACCACACCUGAUAUUGAUUGGCUGAAAUCCCAGCAGGUUGUGUAGCGAGCCUUUUGAAUGCAGCCGCUCUCAUCUCUUCACUGAGAGGGAACAGUUAUGUAAUUUACGCAUCACUUUCUACAUCGCUGUCCCUUAACUUUGCCAGUAUUGGGGUCGGUGUGCUUCAAGCCCCCCAAGAUCAGUAAGUUAAAAGUGUGUGUCUGUGAGAGGGGCUAGAGCAGCAGGUGUUUAAGGGCAGGCCUUUGAAGGUAGCGGUAGGGAAGGGAGGCUGUGUGUUUGUCUGGGUUCUGUGUACCACUGAUCCCAUUAAUUCACCAGGACAGGGGUUUGGUUUCAUAUGCCUUUGAAGCCCUGGCAUUUGUGUUCAACUCUCUUUAAUGUCUAGUGUUUCCCCUUUUUUGAAAUGUUUUUUUAUUUUUAUUGCUGUAUAUUGAAUAUGGGGGAAUGAUAAUAUAGGGAAAAUGUUAAAUUAAUAUAGGGGAAACAUUCUUUAAUGUCCAGUGUCUCUGUAAAGGAUCAUGGGCCAUCAGGGCACAGGGAGGGAGAGGGGGUCUGCUCUAACAGACCAUUGGUUUGGUAGGAUGCAUCAAUGCAUCAUUUACCUGUCUGCACAUUAUUGUCAGUUGUUGGGCUAGUAAUGUCGUUAAGGUUUGCACUGUUUUGCAAUCUCUAGAAGUCCAGUGCUCUGCACUUCUUAUGUCUCUGUGAAGUUUUGUCCCUGUCGGGACUAACGUCAUGGUCUUGUGCUCUUCUGGGUAUUCAUUUGCGUCUCCGUCAUGACAAACAUUACUACAGUGGGCCCUGUCAUUCAUGGUCCCUGUCCCCCAACAGUACAGUUUGAGAGCAUAGCCAACUAUUUUUAAUGUCCCUUUUCUAAGUGGCUCAUUAUAUAUUUAAAGGGCCAUGAAUAUAUAAUAGCAGCUCAGUGUAUGUUGGAGAGUGGAUGGGAUGUUAUGGGGUAGGGCAGGAUGCAGCUCACCAGUAAUCCCACUCUGUGCGUGUGCUCCCCUCUCUACCAGACAUCCCAGAAGACGAGGCACAGUACUGGACCGGCAAGCUGGAUCACAUCAACACUAUGAGGAUCCAUGAUGAGGUAAGGCCUACCCGACAUGCUAGGGCGCUAUUUCACCAGGAAGAUAUAUGUCAAAAAUGUACAGUGGGGAAAAAAGUAUUUAGUCAGCCACGAAUUGUGCAAGUUCUCCCACGUAAAAAGAUGAGAGAGGCCUGUAAUUUUCAUCAUAGGUACACGUCAACUAUGACAGACAAAUUGAGAUUUUUUUUCUCCAGAAAAUCAUAUUGUAGGAUUUUUAAUGAAUUUAUUUGCAAAUUAUGGUGGAAAAUAAGUAUUUGGUCACCUACAAACAAGCAAGAUUUCUGGCUCUCACAGACCUGUAACUUCUUCUUUAAGAGGCUCCUCUGUCCUCCACUCGUUACCUGUAUUAAUGGCACCUGUUUGAACUUGUUAUCAGUAUAAAAGACACCUGUCCACAACCUCAAACAGUCACACUCAACUCCACUAUGGCCAAGACCAAAGAGCUGUCAAAGGACACCAGAAACAAAAUUGUAGACCUGCACCAGGCUGGGAAGACUGAAUCUGCAAUAGGUAAGCAGCUUGGUUUGAAGAAAUCAACUGUGGGAGCACUUAUUAGGAAAUGGAAGACAUACAAGACCACUGAUAAUCUCCCUCGAUCUGGGGCUCCACGCAAGAUCUCACCCCGUGGGGUCAAAAUGAUCACAAGAACGGUGAGCAAAAAUCCCAGAACCACACAGGGGGACCUAGUGAAUGACCUGCAGAGAGCUGGGACCAAAGUAACAAAGCCUACCAUCAGUAACACACUACGCCGCCAGGGACUCAAAUCCUGCAGUGCCAGACGUGUCCCCCUGCUUAAGCCAGUACAUGUCCAGGCCCGUCUGAAGAUUGCUAGAGUGCAUUUGGAUGAUCCAGAAGAGGAUUGGGAGAAUGUCAUAUGGUCAGAUGAAACCAAAAUAUAACUUUUUGGUAAAAACGUGUUUAGAGGACAAAGAAUGCUGAGUUGCAUCCAAAGAACACCAUACCUACUGUGAAGCAUGGGGGUGGAAACAUCAUGCUUUGGGGCUGUUUUUCUGCAAAGGGACCAGGACUACUGAUCCGUGUAAAGGAAAGAAUGAAUGGGGCCAUGUAUCGUGAGAGUGGCUUCGUAAGAAGCAUUUCAAGGUCCUGGAGUGGCCUAGCCAGUCUCCAGAUCUCAACCCCAUAGACAUCACUGCUCUAGAGGAGAUCUGCAUGGAGGAAUGGGCCAAAAUACCAGCAACAGUGUAUGAAAACCUUGUAAAGACUUACAGAAAACGUUUGACCUGUGUCAUUGCCAACAAAGGGUAUAUAACAAAGUAUUGAGUAACUUUUGUUAUUUACCAAAUACUUAUUUUCCACCAUAAUUUGCAAAUAAAUUCAUUAAAAAUCCUACAAUGUGAUUUUCUGGAGAAUUUUUUUUCUCAUUUUGUCUGUCAUAGUUGACGUGUACCUAUGAUGAAAAUUACAGGCCUCUCUCAUCUUUUUAAGUGGGAGAACUUGCACAAUUGGUGGCUGACUAAAUACUUUUUUUCCCCACUGUAGUAAAAAAUUCUACCUACUAAUAUUUCAAGCAAUAAAGCAGUAAUGUAUUUACUAAAAUACCCUCUAUGUUUGCAUAUUGUAAAGUUCCCAGUACAAUGCGGUUGAAUGUCACCUUAUCUCCGUAUUACACUUGGCUCUUUGCGUUCACUAGCACACAGUAAAAUACAUGGAAAAGGAAGAAGGGGCUAACUCUGUGUUCAUUUGACAUUUUCCUCACCACGCUUUUUGCAUAUCACAGAAAACACUGGUUAGGUACAGUAUUGACGUGUGUGUGUUUAUCACUGUUUGCUGUGCUCUGAAGUGAUAAUGUAGAUAGUAGGCCUAACUAUAACUAUUGCAUGCAGUGGCAUUGAAGUCAUGGUGGUGAUAACAAUAUAAUUACAAAUGCAGGAGUUUGAGAGUGGUGCUGGUGGUGAUGAUGAUGCUUUGUUGUUGUGGAUUAUGAAGGUCAGAGGUCACAAUUCUUGUUUUCUCCUUUCCUCUCUCCGGUACACUCUGCAGGAUGAGGUCCAGAGACGCCUCAUUCCGCCCGCUGCCUCCCAAUGCUGUGAGUGGGAUUGACUUCCACUCCAUAAUAUCCCACUAGAUGGAGCUCUCUCAUCAGCCCUGUUUCCCUCUGGCUUCCAUUAGUUUGGGCUUUUUAAGUUAUUUAUUUCCUUGUCCUAUUCCUGUUAUGUGUGAAUCUCCAAACCCAGAGUUGACAUCAAGUAAGCCUUUUAUCCAAUCUUAAUUUUCAAGAACAGUCACUACUUAUGCAAAGUUAUGAAGAAUGUCAACUCAGGGAUGCCACGUUCACGCAUGUCUACUAGUGUUGUCUCUGUUUGUCCACUGUGUAUGUUAUGGUCAUAAUUCCCCCACCCAAGUCAGGCACUGUUUUUGCAUACCCUCCACUACCUCUCACUUUACUUCUCUGCCAACACCCUCACCAGGCAACUAUUUCGGAUGGACUGACACACUGAGUAUGUAAAACACAGUAUUUUUCUGAUGAAUUCUAAACCUUCCCAAAGCUUCACCUUGGCCAAUCCUUAAUGCUUUGUGCAUGUUUUCCAGCACCAACAAUAAUCGCUACAGCCAGGGGAAAUAUCCCCCAGCCCCCCCUCAUCGCGCUACACCUCAUGUCAUCUGAGUUUCAUCACCUAUAUCAAUUUCCCCACAGGACAUGGAAACGCAUAUGGUUAUUAUUACUACCUCCAUGUUAACAUAACUGGACAAUAGCAGUUAGGCUCAGAUCUAUGUUUUUGUAGUCAGCGAGUGACCUUGAUAAAGCAUAGUGGCAGUUCAUGACUUCCUGAACAGAUGUCUCCCGAGUGGCGCAGUUCGAAUCCAGGCUCUGUCGUAGCCGGCCGCGAACGGGAGACCCAUGGGGCGGCGCACAAUUGGCCCAGCGUCGUCCAGGGUAGGGGAGGGAAUGGCCGGCAGGGAUGUAGCUCAAUUGGUAGAGCAUGGCGUUUGCAACGCCAGGGUUGUGGGUUCGAUUCCCACGGGGGGCCAGUAUGAAAAAAUAAUAAUGUAUGCACUCACUAACUGUAAGUCGCUCUGGAUAAGAGCGUCUGCUAAAUGACAAAAAAAAAUUAUGUAAAAAUGUAAAUGUCCGUGAGAUGCAACCGCAUCAUCACACAGACAGGGGGCACUGUUUGCCAGCCUGUGUUCAGGUGUCACCUUGACAACUUGUUUUCCCCUCCCAUUUUUAGAGAUAUCAAAACAUCAGUUUGUCCUGAGCUAUCUAUCUAUCUCACUUAUCAGUCUGGAGCAAUACGGCCCAUGUCCCCUUAAGCAGGCCAGUCAGCUCAGGGUCAGCACUGCAAUCCAAAGGACCUGUCUGAUGCCAAAAUUGAGUCUGGGUCACUAAGGAGAGAGAAUUACCUUAUGUCAACAUUGCAAUUGAGUUCCUUAACUCAUUCAUUUUGGAAUAUCCCUUUUUGACUGGAGUGUCUAUUUUUGGCUGUAUUUAAAGCUGGAAUCGUUAAUUGAAAGAAUAAAACGGUCACCCGCCUGUGUUUUGGUAAAAAGCUAAGGAUGGGGCUAGAGAAAUGUAACCACUCUCAAAUCCAUAGACAGAGCUAUGUAUGCAAGGACUGACCAUCCAUUAUAUCAAAAUUAUAGUUUUAACCAUGUUUUGAGGAUAUGCUUACUUUGUUUACAAGCGUUGGAGUAUAACAAGCUUAUAUUUUGGGGUUCUGAUGUGGUACUAAAAUGUAAUGUAAAUGUACGACAGUUGAGGCAUUUAUAAGUUAUAUUCUUCAAGAAUAUACACUGCCUUCGGAAAGUAUUCAGACCCCUUGACUUUUUCCACAUUUUGUUACGUUACUGCCUUAUUCUAAAAUUGAUUUAAAAAACAACAUCCUCAGCAAUCUACACACAAUACCCAAUAAUGACAAAGCGAAAACAGGUUUUUAGACAUUUUUGCACAUUUAUAAAACAUUUAAAACAUUUAUUCAGACCCUUUGGUAUGAGCCUUGAAAUUGAGCUCAGGUGCAUCCUGUUUCCAUUGAUCAUCCUUGAGAUGUUUCUACAACUUGAUUGGACAUGAUUUGGAAAGGCACACCCCUGUCUAUAGUGGGGAGAACAAGUAUUUGAUACACUGCCGAUUUUGCAGGUUUUCCUACUUACAAAGCAUGUAGAGGUCUGUAAUUUUUAUCAUAGGUACACUUCAACUGUGAGAGACAUAAUCUAAAACAAAAAUCCAGAAAAUCACAUUUGUAUGAUUUUUAAGUAAUUAAUUUGCAUUGUAUUGCAUGACAUAAGUAUUUGAUACAUCAGAAAAGCAGAACUUAAUAUUUGGUACAGAAACCUUUGUUUGCAAUUACAGAGAUCAUACGUUUCCUGUAGGUCUUGACCAGGUUUGCACACACUGCAGCAGAGAUUUUGGCCCACUCCUCCAUACAGACCUUCUCCAGAUCCUUCAGGUUUCGGGGCUGUCACUGGGCAAUACGGACUUCAAAGAUUUUCUAUUGGGUUCAGGUCUGGAGACUGGCUAGGCCACUCCAGGACCUUGAUGCUUCUUACAGAGCCACUCCUUAGUUGUCCUGGCUGUGUGUUUCGGGUCGUUGUCAUGCUGGAAGACGCAGCCACGACCCAUCUUCAAUGCUCUUACUGAGGGAAGGAGGAUGUUGGCCAAGAUCUCGCGAUACAUGGCCCCAUCCAUCCACCCCUCAAUACGGUGCAGUCAUCCUGUCCCCUUUGCAGAAUAGCAUCCCCAAAGAAUGAUGUUUCCACCUCCAUGCUUCACGGUUGGGAUGGUGUUCUUGGGGUUGUACUCAUCCUUCUUCUUCCUCCAAACACGGCGAGUGGAGUUUAGACCAAAAAGCUAUAUUUUUGUCUCAUCAGACCACAUGACAUUCUUCCAUUCCUCCUCUGGAUCAUCCAGAUGGUCAUUGGCAAACUUCAGACGGGCCUGGACAUGCGCUGGCUUGAGCAGGGGGACCUUGCGUGCGCUGCAGGAUUUUAAUCCAUGACGGCGUAGUGUGUUACUAAUGGUUUUCUUUGAGACUGUGGUCCCAGCUCUCUCCAGGUCAUUGACCAGGUCCUGCCGUGUAGUUCUGGACUGAUCCCUCAGCUUCCUCGUGAUCAUUGAUGCCCCACAAGGUGAGAUCUUGCAUGGAGCCCCAGACCGAGGCUGAUUGACCGUCAUCUUGAACUUCUUCCAUUUUCUAAUAAUUGCGCCAACAGUUGUUGCCUUCUCACCAAGCUGCUUGCCUGUUGUCCUGUAGCCCAUCCCAGCCUUGUGCAGGUCUACAAUUUUAUCCCUGAUGUCCUUACACAGCUCUCUGGUCUUGGCCAUUGUGGAGAGGUUGGAGUCUGUUUGAUUGAGUGUAUGGACAGGUGUCUUUUAUACAGUUAACGAGUUCAAACAGGUGCAGUUAAUACAGGUAAUGAGUGGAGAACAGGAGGGCUUCUUAAAGAAAAACUAACAGGUCUGUGAGAGCCGGAAUUCUUACUGGUUGGUAGGUGAUCAAAUACUUAUGUCAUGCAAUAAAAUGAAAAUUAAUUACUUUAAAAUCAUACAAUGUGAUUUUCUGGAUUUUUGUUUUAUAUUCCGUCUCUCACAGUUGAAUUACAGACUUCUACAUGCUUUGUAAGUAGGAAAACCUGCAAAAUCGACAUUGUAUCAAAUACUUGUUCCCCCCACUGUACAGUGAGGGAAAAAAGUAUUUGAUCCUCUGCUGAUUUUGUACGUUUGCCCUUUGACAAAGAAAUGAUCAGUCUAUAAUUUUAAUGGUAGGUUUAUUUGAACAGGGAGAGACAGAAUAACAACAAAAUAAUCCAGAAAAACGCAUGUCAAAAAUGUUAUAGAUUGAUUUGCAUUUUAAUGAGGGAAAUAAGUAUUUGACCCCCUCUCAAUCAGAAAGAUUUCUGGCUCCCAGGUGUCUUUUAUACAGGUAACGAGCUGAGAUUAGGAGCACACUUAAAGGGAGUGCUCCUAAUCUCAGCUUGUUACCUGUAUAAAAGACACCUGUCCACAGAAGCAAUCAAUCAAUCAGAUUCCAAACUCUCCACCAUGGCCAAGACCAAAGAGCUCUCCAAGGAUGUCAGGGACAAGAUUGUAGACCUACACAAGGCUGGAAUGGGCUACAAGACCAUCGCCAAGCAGCUUGGUGAGAAGGUUACAACAGUUGGUGCGAUUAUUCGCAAAUGGAAGAAACACAAAAGAACUGUCAAUCUCCCUCGGCCUUGGGCACCAUGCAAGAUCUCACCUCGUGGAGUUGCAAUGAUCAUGAGAACGGUGAGGAAUCAGCCCAGAACUACACGGGAGGAUCUUGUCAAUGAUCUCAAGGCAGCUGGGACCAUAGUCACCAAGAAAACAAUUGGUAACACACUACGCCGUGAAGGACUGAAAUCCUGCAGCGCCCGCAAGGUCCCCCUGCUCAAGAAAGCACAUAUACAGGCCCGUCUGAAGUUUGCUAAUUAACAUCUGAAUGAUUCAGAGGAGAACUGGGUGAAAGUGUUGUGGUCAGAUGAGACCAAAAUCGAGCUCUUUGGCAUUAAUUCAACUCGCCGUGUUUGGAGGAGGAGGAAUGCUGCCUAUGACCCCAAGAACACCAUCCCCACCGUCAAACAUGGAGGUGGAAACAUUAUGCUUUGGGGGUGUUUUUCUGCUAAGGGGACAGGACAACUUCACCACAUCAAAGGGACGAUGGACGGCGCCAUGUACCGUCAAAUCUUGGGUGAGAACCUCCUUCCCUCAGCCAGGGCAUUGAAAAUGGGUCGUGGAUGGGUAUUCCAGCAUGACAAUGACCCAAAACACACGGCCAAGGCAACAAAGGAGUGGCUCAAGAAGAAGCACAUUAAGGUCCUGGAGCGGCCUAGCCAGUCUCCAGACCUUAAUCCCAUAGAAAAUCUGUGGAGGGAGCUGAAGGUUCGAGUUGCCAAACAUCAGGCUCAAAACCUUAAUGACUUGGAGAAGAUCUGCUAAGACGAGUGGGACAAAAUCCCUCCUGAGAUGUGUGCAAACCUAGUGGCCAACUACAAGAAAGAUCUGACCUCUGUGAUUGCCAACAAGGGUUUUGCCACCAAGUACUAAGUAAUGUUUUGCAGAGGGGUCAAAUACUUAUUUCCCUCAUUAAAAUGCAAAUCAAUUUAUAACAUUUUUGACAUGUGUUUUUCUGGAUUUUUUUGUUGUUAUUCUGUCUCUCACUGUUCAAAUAAACCAACCAUUAAAAUUAUAGACUGAUCAUGUCUUUGUCAGUGGGCAAACGUACAAAAUCAGCAGGGGAUCAAAAACUUUUUUCCCUCACUGUAUAAGGUCCCACACUUGACAGUGCAUGUCAGAGCAAAAACCAAGCCAUGAGGUUGAAGGAAUUGUCCGUAGACCUCCGAGACAGGAUUGUGUCGAGGCACAGAUCUCGGGAAGGGUACCAAAAAAUGUCUGCAGCAUUGAAGGUCCCCAAGAACAUCGUGGCCUCCAUCAUUCUUAAAUGGAAGAAGUUUGGAACCACCAAGACUCUUCCUAGAGCUGGCCGCCCGGCCAAACUGAGCAAUCGGGGGAGAAGGGCCUUGGUCAGGGAGGUGACCAAGAACCCGAUGGUCAUUCGGACAGAGCUCUAGAGUUCCUCUGUGGAGAUGGGAGAACCUUCCAGAAGGACAACCAUCUCUGCAUCACUCAACCAAUCAGGCCUUUAUGGUAGAGUGGACAGACGGAAGCCGCUCCUCAGUAAAAGGCACAUGACAGCCCACUUGGAGUUUGCCAAAAGGCAACAAGAUUCUUUGGUCUGAUGAAACCAAGAUUGAACUCUUUGCCCUGAAUGUUUUCAAUGGCAGGGACUGGUUGACUAGUCAGGAUCGAGGCAUAGAUGAACGGAGCAAAGUAUAGAGAGAUCCUUGAUGAAGAGCGCUCUGGAGCAGGUUAAGACCUCAGAGUGGGGCGAAGGUUCACCUUCCAACAGGACAAUGACCCUAAGCACACAGCCAAGACAAAGCAGGAGUGUCUUCUGGACAAGUGUCUGAAUGUCCUUGAGUGGCCCAGCCAGAGCCCGGACUUGAACCCGAUCGAACGGUUCUGGAGAGACCUGAAAAUAGCUGUGCAGCAACACUCCCCAUCCAACCUGACAGAGCUUGAGAGGAUCUGCAGAGAGGAAUGGGAGAAAUUCCCCAAAUACAGGUGUGCCAAGCUUGUAGCUUCAUACCCAAGAAGGCUCGAGGCUGUAAUCGCUGCCAAAGGUGCUUCAACAAAGUACUGAGUAAAGGGUCUGAAUAUUUGUGAUAUUUCCGUUUUUUUAAUUUUUAAUAAAUUAGCAAAAAUGUAUUUCAAAACAACUGUUUUUGCUUUGUCAUUAUGGGGAAUUGUGUGUAGAUUGAUGAGAAAAGCUAUUUUAAUCAAUUUUAGAAUAAGGCUGUAAUGUAACAAAAUGUGGAAAAAGUAAACGGGUCUGAAAAGUUUCCGAAUGCACUGUAACUUAUAUAAUAAAAAAUGGAUGAAACAACCAAGGGUUCUAUCUUUAAUGACCUAUACGUUCAGUUUCAUCACAUUCCCCUUCCCACUGAAGUUAAUUUUCUGGUUGUCUUGCAUUCAAAAGAGCAUGACCCUUGCCCUCCUUACCUCCCUCUUACCUGACCAGUCCUGACCCCAGUGUAUAUUACCACUUUUUCAUAUUGUGUAAUUCAGAGACUGUAUGUAUGAGGCAAACAUGAAUUUUCAAUUUGUGAAAUGGUGAGCGUAGGUGGGAUAGAAUGGAGAUUCUGUAGUCAUUUUAGCAGUUUUUGAGGAUGCGGAGGUCUCUAGACGAUCUGUGUUGUGGAGCUUGUCCUGUUGCCCCUCUACAGCCCUGGAUGACCAUGACAGUGCGGUGGACGACCGGGACAGUGACUACCGCAGUGAGACCAGCAACAGCUUGCCCCCGCGCUACCACACCACUGCCCAGCCCAACUCCUCCAUGCACCAGUACCCCAUGGGCCCCCAGCUCCAGAACCACCUGGAUUCCUGCACCGACUCCAUGCACAGCUUUGACAUGGACUACAGAGACCACCACGGGAGCAGGUAG